AGUCACACUUACUUCUAUGAUAUUGUUCCUCUGUGAACUAAUAACCAUUAUAAACCCGCGAAUUUUUUAUAGUAGAGAAAUGCGUUUUUCCCCCAGUUUUGUGAGUAUCUCUCAUCUUGUUUCUUAUGAAUUUGUUAUUUAGUUUGUGAUUUUUCUCUGUUGCAAGUAGCCUUCUCACGGACAUGCGAAAUUAAAAGCCUUUGGUAUCAUAAUGACGACGUCAGUGACCAGUACGGCAGCGAUUUGCCUUAGUAGAGCUGUAGUUCUGUUUUCUAUAAUCACAAAAAACUUUCAUGGUUUUUGUAGGAGGAGGGACGGGUAAAAGAGAGUGGUAACGCGUGUUCUCCGCGCUGCGGUCAUGAAAAGAUAGCUGGCUCCGGCGUGGUACUUCGAAUAUACAUGCCACGUUGUAGGCGGAUCUGGUUCGGUCGUGUGUAGUCUAUUUCAUUUCUAUCCUGCGCUAGUAGCUUCUGUGUCCGAUAAGGAAAAUGUCUAUUUUCCUAGUAAUUAAGUUAUAAAGUUGAGUGAUUUUUGUUUUUCUAUUCAUGAGGACCAUGUGUGCAGUGUAUGAUUAUCUAAUCCCCACCAAAAUAUGAUCUUCUUCCUUUUUCUUUCGGCCGCGUCUUCAUCUGCAUCGUCUACUCCCAAUAGGCACCAAUAACUACCACUAGAGUUAAAUCUUAAUUUCGAGCACACGUUCUCUCUAUGCGUUUGUCGUCACCCGGUUAUUAUUUUCUUAUUUCUUGCCUUGAUCCAUCCUGGCAUGGCAUGAUAUGUAAUUUUAGAGGAGCGAUUGAGAUUAGUUAAAGUUCUACUAUUCAAGUAAUAGGUAGAUGAAGUAAUAUUAGAUGGUGAAUGGUUGUCGAAGCAGUAUAGCAGUUAGUUUCGAAAGUGGUUUGUGAGAUUUUCGGUGCAUUGUUACAUAAGGCAGGCAUUGUCGGCGCACAGUAUCCGCAAGCCUCGUUCGUUACUCAUAUCUUUGUGGAAGAGGGGAUUAGUUGCAGUAAGUUCUCCAUAGUAAUCUAGAUUAGUGUUGUGGUGGGUAUUGCUUUGGUUAGGUUUAGAUUCGUCCGACCUCUUUUCGUACAUCCCUCGCUCUGACGCGAGGAAUACGCUAUUGUAAUGCUGAGUUGCGUGGCAAACUCAUGUAUCGAAAUAGCUAUUCUUAUGUAGUUUUCGAAUAAAUGUUACCCGUAACAAGUUUUGCUUGAAAUAAGUUUAUUUACCGAUGAUGGGUAGGAUCCUAAUUAGCAUGACCAUUAAAUUAAUCUAAACGCUGUUUUAUAUGUAAGUACAUGCUUUCCUCUUUUUGCUUUUUCUAGUUAGGUUGGCUCCACCACUUUCAUUUGCCGAUGAUAAUGUUGGGGGGAGUGCACCACGACAGUUUCAAAAAGAGCAAUUGUCCUUUCCAGAGCGAAUUCUACUUUUGUGAGUGCAAUUUUAUCGAAGCUGGUGCUACUCGUGAUUGUUUUUGGGGUUGCCAUCGACGAAAGCCGCGGCUCGCGUUCGUGUGGAUGCUAACAGAAGGGGACGUCCAAUCGUACCGCAAGCAGUGUGAUGGUCUGUUCUCCGCCUGUUAAGGAGGACACCCCGAAGUUACGCAAGAUAUUUGAUCUCAACGAGAAGUAGAAAUGGUGGACUUGUUUGCCCCCCGAAAGGGGGUGACGGCGCCGCCGCGAUGGAAGGACCGAUUGGGGCGGUAUUUGUCGAAGCACCAGCGUGCAGCAGCGAUUUUUUUGUUCCUGCUGUGCAUUUUUCUGGUGAUGAUCUCCGGUUUUUUCCGGGCUUUGGCCGCGUUUGUGGUGCUUAUGCUGUUCAUCUUGUUGGUGGACACCCGCUGCAACAAGGGACGCGCCACGGCCAGAAUGCGGGAACACAUGAGCGGCAUGCUGCCGGAGCUGGACGUGACCUACUACGACGAGGACGGGAACGCCUACCACGAGCCCUACGUUCCACCUGAUGAGCCAAUCGUACCCAAGGUGCCCGCGCUUCCUGGGAAGUUCCCAGACGAGCGGUGGCGCUUCGAGACGUCGCGGGCGAGACUGGGAUUUUACGAGCCUUUCGACGAAAAGAUCCAGCGAACAGACAUCGAAUUCUACAAGCCGCACUGGCUGGUGCGGAUCUUGGAUUUGAAUGCGAGGCGCAUGGACAAAGCCGGAGACACGGAAGCCACGGACCUCCCGGCCACCUGGUGCGGCAGCUGCUGCACCAUGCUGUUAGGAAUCUUCGUGCUCUUCUUCGCCUACACCUCAUUGGGCAACCUUUCGUCGGAGAGCACGCUGCUCACGCCCCAGGGCGACGUGCUUCUCAACAUUGACCACAUCUGCUCGGGCCUCAGCAGCUACAGCGGAACACAAAUUUCACUGGACGAGAGGAACGCAAGGACAAAUUUCUCUGGCUUUCUCGCUGCCGAUCCAGAUCACGACACGCCGUUACCCAGUUGUCACUACAGCGGAUUUUACUUCAGUGACAUACCAUCGCGGUACUGAUUUUUUACUUGCCUGGUAGUUCUCGUAAUUACGAAUUUUCUAUGGUCAUUUUGUAGCACGCAUGCAAAGACUCGCCUUUGAUCGGAAAUUAUUCGAUGGCGCUAAUGCGUUCGGUUGAGUAAGCAUCCGUACUUAUUCUCUUUGAAAGAUUUUAAUGUCUCGCUAUAAUCAAGCUGAUUAGGAAUUAGACUUUCGCGAGGGAACAAGACUUAUAAUCAAAAUUUUAUAAAUCCUCGUAUUGCAUCAACAUCAGCAUCUUCCCGAUUCCCCCUUUUAUGGAUCUCCCGGUGAUGCAUUUUGAUUGGACCCAGCGCAUAGAGUUUUAUGAGGCCGAUGAUCGAUCAAGUUUGGCCAAGGUGUAUUGGACGGACAAGACCGGUUUGCAUUACGGUGGAACGUCCUACACUCAGCCUGUUCCCAUCGCAUUUGGCGCCACAGAUAAGACCUCUGUCAGCUUCAACUCCUAUGUGUACGGCGGGUCCGACAUGGAGUCGCCUUUCCCCAACAUGACCCGAUAUUUGCGCGACAUGGCCGUCGCGUCCGUGACGCACAACUUCGACGAGUCAGUGCGUUACGCGCACUCCCAGAUGGGCGUCUUUUCAGAAUACAAGUAUUUUUUUGAUCACGACGUGCAGGCUUUCGUGCGGUUCGACCGCAAGCAGCUCGCCAACAUCAAAAACUGCCAGUUGCAGGUUGGUUUAGUCUCGCGGUACCAGUACGAAGCUCUGCGUCCGUUUCUCUUGAAGUUCAACCGCGAGUAUCAAAAGAAGACCAUGCUCUCAACGUUGGUAACCUCUAACUGGACGUGGUCUCCGGACAUGUACACGAAUACCGAGACGGGCACGUACAAGCGGAGAAGCAGUUACGACAACAUGCUUAUUCUCAACUCCGGUUGGGGCACUGCAGGUGCCAAAGAGUUCAUGCAGAGUGUCGCGUACGGAAAGUACAAGGUAAACGUAGAGCGCAAGCUGCGGAUGGACUUCGGCGUCGACACGGGGUUUAACCUGUCGGCAAGCGUCAAAGACAACAUCGUGCAGAUGUACCUUGCGCGAGUACCUGUCGUGCUCACGGACUGGAUGCUCUUCGCGCAGUACGUGAAUAAUUUUCAGUACAGUGCAGCCAGUAUCAUCUGUGACGGCAAGACCGACGCGUUCAAUCCCGCCUACAUCACUGCAGACCUGCCGACGAAAACAGAUAAAACUCUGAAGCUGCGCCGGCCUGUGACAUUGUGGACAGCGCCGUUUCCGUUUUUCGUGACGGUCACUGGCGACAUGGGUGUAGAGCGGAUGCUGGUGACGCAAAAGAUUGACUCAACCACCAUCAAGGUGACGCGCGGCACGAGUAUCGGGUCCACACGACUGGACUUCACGGUGGCGCGUCCGAAUUCCAUCUUUCCGCCCGUGAGCAGCCCCGCACUGUGGGUUUGCCCGCCAAACAGCUACAUGGACGGCUCGUUCUGCGAUUGCAACUGCGGUAUGACAGAUCCCGACUGCCUCACCGGUUUACUAAAGGUUCGCUUUUGCGCGUCGCACGAGAUCUGUUCGCCGCUGGGGCGUUGCACCGCACCGAUCUACGAUCCAAGUAAGUCAGAAGUAGCCGUAAGUGAGCCCUGCUACUCUAUGGUUUUGCCUGGUGAGACGCUGCUGUACGGUUACUUCGGGCACCAGGAAGAGUUCGCGACUCAGGGCGGAGAUAAAUGUAAGGCCUGCCCGUACGAUGACUUGUACAACGGGAAGACCAACAAAAACGAGUUCAACGAGUACGUUUGCCAGUACAGGCCAGAGGCAGAUGUACCAGGAAAGUCCGCGCUGUCAUUGGACGAGCGGACUAUGAAGGAAUACGGCCCCUACGUUGCCUUGGAACAAGCACAACAGGCCGCGCUGGCUGCUGGCACGGAUUUGGCGACGCUUGGCGUCACGCUGGACACGUUUCGCAAUGACACGUUCGGAGCCGACGUGCUAGAAUGGUAUAGGAUUGUGCAAGUCGCGCUUGGCCCCAAGGCGGGAUUUCCCGAGACCACGCUUGAAGGCACGAAUUACACGGUAGAGAUUGAUGUGGGUACCGGAAUUCACGAGCUUCUGACCCUGAUUCGAGCUGAAAAGCCCAACGCAGCGGACAAAACGCAAAUCCUUCACUUGAAAAGUAGUGGCAGUAAAUUUCGCUACUCACACUUCAGCGCAGGGACGCUUGUGAGCUCGAUGUCCGGCGCCUACGGGGACUUCGUCCUCCAGCUGGACAAGCAGGAGGCUCCGUUCUCCAUGAUGGGGCCUUACCGAAUCCAGGUAGACGCGUCGGAGAUGGUCAUGCGGGCAGGGAGCGAGGUGAAGCAAACAGCCUUUUCGGGCCUCGCGACCCUCGUCGGCGCGGCCAUGAGCGGCAGCAGUGGUAGCUCCUCGCCGCGACGAGGGUUGAUGCCUCUUGCGAGCCGAAAGGAUGCGAGAAACUUGCAAGGAACGAGCACCAGUGCUACUUGCGGCAUAGCUACGCCACACCGGCAGCGACUGGAUAUCUCAGUCUUCGCACAGUCCAUGGACUUUUCGGGUGUACGUUCGAUCACAACGCGAGCGUACGUCGCGAAUCUGCAUCCAUCGUCGAGUAUAUACGAUUACUACCUUCCCGAUACGGAAAAGCAACAGCAGCAGGGCGUCUUAUUUGAGCGUGCGCGAAAUCUUCACUUUGUAGAUUCCGGUGACGUUGUGCUCGUUUCUGGUGGUCAGAAGUGCUUUCGUGCGCUGUACGAAGAACCCUACAAGACGCCGUGCUACGUGCGGGAGCGAACAUAUUCGAUGCUACUGGUGAUGCAAACACCACCAGUCGCAAACGUACCACUGAAACUCGAUGCCCCCUGGACGAUAAGCACGGGAGGAAAAACGGCAGCGGGCGCAGAUAUCGGUUGGGGCGGCGUCGCUGGACUGCCCGCGAGCAUGCGCCGUGGCGUUGCUGAAGCGUUCGGCCUUGUUCUCGACGGCGUUACCGUGCCAGACAUCAGAGCAGACAACUUUAAGGUACAGGCUCCCAGUUUCGCGCCUGACGUUUUCUGGACUGGCCAGACCAAUGACCUGGCGCGCAUCAUUCUGGUGGAGGUCCAGUUCACGACUCGUCGUUGGUAUGCGGUGAAUCAAAAGCUUGACGCCCUGGUCUCAGGAAGGACGACCUUCCCAGCUGUGGAGCUGCAAGCCGCAUUGACAAAACACAUGGCGCCGUCUUACACAGACGCUGCAACGGGCAAUGUCGUUACUAACGCGGAGCUGACAGAUCUCUACUCGAAUGCAAACUACGACUCCCUCUACAAUGUGGGUCCGCCUCUCGUGACCUCACAACAGAGCCCUCUCUAUGACGCUUCCUUCGGUUUUAACGCACGCUCAGUGGGAAACCUGCAGGACAUCACACCGAGCCUUCGCCGACUGGAGGAAGUCGACGACCCGCAGCCAGCUGAGGUAGCGAGCGCAGCGGCUGCUGCUUCUACAGUGCCAGAGCAAGCUGCGGUUCCUCGGGAGUUGCAGGACGCGGGGACCGAGGAGUACGACAUGGAGAGUAUUCUGAAUGUGGUCAUGCGACCGCGGGAAACGAAUGCGACGGCUCAAGAAGUGUCGCUCGGCCCGUAUUUCGGACCAGCCAUGAAACGGGCGUUCCUGCAUGCCUGUACCGAAAAAGGCCAGAGUCCCACGGCGGUCAAGGUGACGGUGCGGCAUUUCGUCGACGACAGCGUGCGAGCAAACUACUCAGCCACGACCAAUAUUGAGGAGUUGUGGAAGAACACGUCCAAAAUCGUGGCGAUCACGCCGAAUGGGACAAUGCCAGGUCAGAUCGCGGGUUUUCAAGUGCUACUUGACAUAACCCGCGACACAGCAGGAAAGGCUGUGGCUGACAUGAUCACGAAAGAAGGCGCCGACUUCUUCACUCCUUUUAAGGACUCUCUGAUGACCAACGGCGAGAAUGGAAGGCUGUUUUAUGACAUCCUCCGGAUUAGCUGGCGGAGCCUGGUUAUUGGUGAGACAACCGAUCAAACACCGUCAAAAGACGACUUCUCUCCUGACACCGCCAACUGGGAAACCUCGCACUUUGACCAGCCGUGGUGCGAUUUCUCUGUAGAGACUGGCACACCUGGCGUGGAUAGCGACGGCCGCGAAUACACUGGCCGCGCGUCGAUCUUCUGCGACGCUCUGCACGACGGGGCGCUCGUCGUGAAUGCGGCGGGCUUUUCCGAUAAGAAUAAGGUGCCCAAGAACGUGGGCAUGAAGGUGCUUGUGCGUGGGUCCAAGCUGGACCGCAGCAACACCGCGCCCAUGGAGGUGCGCACAAUUGUGCGGGCCUACCAGUGGCUCUUCCCCACAGUAGACCCACUAACGGGCCAGAUGGGGGAGGACACGGUGAAGCGCUGGAUCUGCCCCGCGGAGCAAUGGACGGACGGGGUGUGCGACUGUGGUUGCGGCAGGCCCGAUUGGGAUUGCAUGGGCGAGCGUGGCAUUCCCGAGCUUUUCGUCCGCGAUUAUUUGGACGACCCCCUGUCCACAGUGACCGUGAAUAUCAACUGUCCGAAGGGCGCCAACGCGCUUUCUUUCGUUCCGGAGAUUGUCGCGACUGGGUUUCUACCGCCGACCUGCGGGGAGGUGCAGCAAAAGCCGGAAGUAUACGCUUAUUGCGACUUCGAGACCGGCGAACCGACUAGCGUCCGCGCAAAGAUGUUCACGGGUCCGAAUUUCAACGGCACUACACUGGCGGCACCCGACCACUUUAAAUACCUGUGGGAGGUGAUCGAGUUGGACUGUCCGCUCGCUAACGACCGCGUGGCGGGCACGCUUGUCGAAACGAUUGGGGUGUCGAACAAGACCUCCGAAAGUUUCCAGGCUGCGUCACUUGCAAUUGCGGAGACCUACGUUGACACGAAGUUGAUGGCGCAGUCGUUCGAUGCCGCUGUCGAAGCCAAAGCGUCAUCCGAGGAAACGGCGGUGGACCCCGCGUGUCUGAGUGAGGACCCGCCGCUUUUCUGCACGGGUGGUUUAGUGCAGAUCGGAGACAAGAUGGUGCAGACGCUGCCGGUUGUGAAAAGUAAGAUGAUGCUCAACUUGAACCUGCCCCCGGCGACGACGGCAGAAGAUCUCUGGGCUGACGAGGAGUUCACCUAUGGAAUGCAGGCUGGCUUGGCACAGUCUUUCAAGGUGACUACAGUGGACGUUGUCAUGAAGGGUUUCAAAAUCGCGCGACGUCGUCAGCUGUCGGAAGAAGAAGCUUCCACGACUGCAGCACCGACGCAGGAAGAGGACUCUGAACAAGACGUAGAAACAAGGAAACUGCUGUCCGAUGCGCGUGAUGAGGACCUGAAUGUCUUGGAACGCGAUUUUCGUCGUCGAGUGUCAUCUGCGGUUGACGGAAAAGUCGAUCGAGAGGUGUGGGCAAUUACUGAGGCCGGGUCCUUCGCUAUGCGAACUGCGAAGCUGCGCCAGAACAAGUCACAGAGUAGCACGCCUCGCAGAUCGCUUUUGCGUCGGUCUCUGCGCCAUCGUUUUCGGCGCUUCCUGCGCAGUAAGGUGCGCGAACGGCAAACCGGACCCUACUUGGGUGACGACAUGGCUAACGUGGCAGACACUGAGCAAACUCCGGAGGAAGUGGCGAAAUUGAUGAAAGAGAAAGAGGAAAAACUGCAGCGCGCCGUGAGGGCGCUGAAGCAAGUGUACGGGAAUUUCGUGAAGCGUGGGGUAUCUCAUCGAAAGAAGGCGCGUGUUUUGGUGAAGCAGACCGCUGGUUCAUGGCGAAACGCUCCAACAUGGACACCUUCGCAGAGACGCCUCCGGACGGGUCGCGCGCUCAGUCAAAGGAGCACGGUGCUGACCGAGUUCGAGAUCGCGCAGCAGAGUUCAGAGCUUGCAGCGGAAGUGAACGCACGCAUGAAAAGCACGGCUGCCGAUGACAUUCUCGGCGUUGUGAGAGCACAGAUGGACGAAGUAUCGACCAUGGUUGUAUCCGCGAAUUCCGUAGCGGGUGUGUCCGCAUCCGUGGUGGAAGUGAACAAGUUGGCCAUCGCCCAGGCUAUCACGGAGGCUGGUGAGGCAGGGACGCUGAACCUGAAUACUAUCAGUGAUCUCGGACUAACUGCUGAGUCUGCUGCAGCGCUCGUCGGUGCUGGGGACGAGCUGGCGGCGGCUGAUGCCGCAACCGAGCCCGACCUCGAAGGAGAUGCUGCAGAAGAGGUUGAGGAGGAGGAUUUAGGCCUUGGUGGAGGACUGGAUCUGAACGCGCUCCUCGCUGAAGUCGAUGAAGAAGAAGCAGAAGAGGUAUUUGUGAUUUUGAUUCUACCAGAAAUAAUUAACGACCCCUGCUUAUUGUAUUCAUGCUAUAAAUGUGUGUGUUUCUAGCAGUCGAAGAUAAAAUAGCGAAAGCAUUCGACAACUUUAAAGUGAGGGUUAGUUAUUUUGCGUUUCGAUUGGGAUCUUUGCCUAAGCCUAAGGGGAUGUGUAAUAACAGGACCAUGAUUCGACGCAUAGCUCGUGAGUAUUUCAUCACCUUGGCGUUUUCUUAGCAUAAUAGUCUUAUGCACAGCCACAGACACUCACGCAAGAAUCUUCUCAGGUUGACCUGGAUCUGUGUUAUGACGAGUGUUGUUUCUUGGACAGCGAGGAUGACAUGAACCUCUGCGCGGCGAAUAAUUACCGACUAGACGUGAUGGAUGUGAUUCAAUGUUGCCCGAGUGGUUGGGAAGGGAGCUUUGACGCGGACGAGGAAGCGGACGACGGGCUUGAGGCUCUUUUGGCGUCAUUGUUUUCUGAGGCAGCAACGUCGACGACUACAACAACCACUACCACCACGACAGUCACGACGACCACCACAACCACCACCACAUCAACGAUUACCACCACCACGACCACUACGACCACAGCGCAGAGCUGCUUCGCUAACCCAGCUCUCGAAGCGGAGUGCGCUGCCAAUCCAGACGUGUACUAUUUUGACAGUGGUGCCACGUGCUCUACGGGUGAGUGCACAUUCGCAGAGUGUUGUAAGAAGCGACCGCUCUGCAACGCGGUGGAAUACACCCCGAACUGGGAGUGGAUGCAGUGGAAGUGUGGCAUGCGAGAGGUGCCCCAUUUCUACGACGGGGCUCAGUUGUGCUCUCUGGUGCCGUGCAGCAUGGAGGAGUGUUGUAAAGAACGGGACACCUGUCGGGGGCGCGCAGAUCUGAGCGGUGUCGAGUUUGCGCUUCCUGGCAGGGGGCAAUGCCAGCUAGACCGUGCCGAUGCCGCGGCGCCGGUUCUUCUUUCGAAUAGUGCUGACGUACUACAGCUUCGCGGCGUGGCGGCAAAGCUGUCACAAAGCCCCACAAUAAAUCCGUCCGCGGCCGAUAGUAUCGUCGUAAACGCGGUGCGGCCCGCGGGUCUCGGCUGCCCUGAGCGGUUCCUUCUCGGGGUCGAGGACUGCCGGAGAUUCGCAGCGCUGCACGAUUACACUUGGAGUGGGGAGCUUACGGGGAGCGAUUACGCCAAGACGUAUCCGAGCGGGUGCUCUCUCCGCUCGACGGAUGGCCACGUCUUUUAUUUUGGUGGGCGUGACGGCGAGACGGACACUCUGACAGGAAACGUCCAGCAGCUUUGUUGGAUCGAUCCCUUCGCCGGUGGCGAGGUAGAGCCACAAGCCGUGGGCGAUACGUGGUGCCCGCUUGAGUGGCGUUUGACGCAGGCCGAAUGUCGUCGUGCAGCGACGAGGAUGUCGAAGAACUUCGUUCACAUGGAGUCGACGAACGCGGCUGAAGCACAAGCCAAAGCGGCAGAUAGUAUGGGCGGCAGUCGGAACAUGGAGUCGUCUCCGCGGGGAUGCUUUCUUGACGAUCGGGGUGACGGAGCAACACCUUUUCUGGUUUACAAUUCCGGACUCGAGGGCGCCGUGUUUGAAACGGUAGAAAAUGCUGAGCAGCGGCCUCUGUGCUGGAUAAGUACGAGUGUCCUUGAGACACAAGCUUACCUCGCGCGGCGCUUUGGCCGGCCAGUGCCUGAUCUGCCAGAAGCAAUCGCCAUUGUCGGUAGCAACGCGACGCAACCUCGGAUUGACUGGACCCCUCUGCCGAACGGAAGCGGCCGGUUGCAAAACACAUACGAUUCUGACUUAGGCGCUGGCCACUUUCUUGUGAGCAGUUCGCCGUCUCUGGAAGCGCUGCUCUACGAAGACGAACACAGAGUGAGCACGAUGUUGAUGGAGGACGAGGUCCCAAGCCUUCUCUUGGACAACGGAAAUUACACGCACUCCUUGUUGCAGGUUUCCGUUGCGCUCGAAACCGGAAAGGGUCCGGCGCUACCCAGUGGGUAUCACCUACGAGUCGCACCUGGGCGUACAUACUCCGACAGGCCCGUGCGUCCUCUGGACCGACAGCCAAACGAGUUUAUCGUCGAUGGGGACGAGAGCACCCGACUGCGGGUGGUUCUCUCGACGCAGCGGCAGAUUACCGCACAUGAUUACGGCCGCCGCGAUGCUGCGCGCUUCUGCCACCAUGCGCACCAUGGGCGACUGCCGUACCUGGAAGAAAUCUGUCCGUUGCUGGAAGACGGUGACCGUGAAACGUCGGAUCAGGGCAACAAGCGUGUGCUGGCGCGCGAAGUUCGGGAUUACGCUGACAGCCUGGAGGGUUCAGAAGUACCGUACGACGGCCUUGUUUUUCUGCCGGUCCGCACAGGACACCCGUGCGAGUUGAACCCUCGGCUCUACUACGAGUCGUGGUGCGAGAAGCUGGCCACCGGGUGGGUACAGAUUCGCACUCACACCUUUACGACAUCGGAUGGCAAGACUGCGGAGGCUCGCUGUCUUACCUACGAGCAGCUGAUCGAGUCCGGUUUGGUUGACAGUUACACGAGCACAACCACUACCACAACAACCACGAGAAGUUAUUACUACAUUGCUAUAAACGCAUCCGUCAUUUUACUUGAUACACAUUGGGCAGUUGUGCGCGACUCGAGGAAGGCAGAUAGAGUGUGGUGCGUUGUGCACGACGAGUCGUAUGCUGCCUCUCAGCAAUUGCACCGACCUGUGGUGAAUAAGACGCAUCCGGAAGGUGCAGGAGCUGCACCUGUUUCGACGCUCUUGCCUUCCAGAGAUAGUCUAGGAGUAAAGCCGCAUCGUUGGGGGUAUGAUCUUUCGGGAAGCGGCGAGUUUUUUCCGGUCAUGGAAAAAUACUUUGUCGAGAUUCCGCGUAUUAUCCCUCCUCCGCGGGAGGUCUGCGAGGAUCGAUUUCUGGACCGUAACGAAACUAGAAACGUUACCAGAAAUGUCACACGAACAAAUACCAGCAAUGUUACAACACCAGGAACGAAUGCCACCAAUUGGUCGAGUGUUACUGUCGAGGUGGAAACGACUUGGGUCGACACUGUGGUUGAGACUGUAGUGGUCACUGUGGUAGACACUGAAAGGUAUUGCUGGAUGCAAGAGCCUCCGCCAAUGUCUCCCACGGUGAUGGACCCGCGUUGGUUUGUGGUUGGCCGCCGCUACCGACACGGAAAGGAAAGUUAUCGCACUGGGAAUCUACAGAUAGGACACUUUGUGACGGAGUACCAAGUACUCGGGAGUGCGAUGGUCGAUUCCAACUGCACUGGCGCCAUCGGGGAGCUGCCGCAGGAGGAAGUGGACCAGCUUCAUAACCUGUUUGAUCUUGGACUCAUCACACAGGAAGAGCUCGAAGCCGCAACAGCAUGGCAUCCAAUUGAAGAGCCUGCGGGCUGCGGGGCAGCCGCGUCCACCCUGCACCUCCCAAGUGAGGAGUGCGAGCGCGGCUACUGCCCGGCCAUGGAGGAGCAGGAGGGAAUGGCCAUGAAGCUUCCAAUCGGUUGUUACUGCCGCGAAGCAGACGUCACCAUCAAGAUAGCAGCUGAUGGUGGCCGCGCUUCUAUGAAUAUCUCUGCGGACGACGGUGAGCCAGAAUAUGAAACGGUCCGAAGAAGGUCCUGUCGAUUUUCCCACCGCGACUAUCGCUACUGGACCUCUACGACCACUACCACGACUACCACUGUAACGACGACAAUCACCAGCACGACCACAAUUCUGGGAUGGCAACACGCCGGGCCCGAGGUAGUGACUGUAACAACUCUUGAGCCAGCCACUGUGGAAGCAAAAGCUCGGUGCCCCGCGGAGGCGCCCUAUAUCGUUGGUGGUGGUUGCAUCAUGUCGGGAAAAAGUGUGGACCCCACGACUACUGAGGAGGGAAAUUACAAAACGAUUGCCUCGAGCUUUCCUUGGGUCGGAGAUGCAGGUCGCGGGGCGUGGAUUUGUGCUGGUGGAGACAUCAAGUUUGACGCUGACAACUCUGAAACUUGGUCCUUUGUGGCACCAGAGCCGCCAAGUGAUAAAGACGGCGUUGCUGCUGGGGACUUUAACGGCAGCAACGUCAGCAACGUCACGGUGACUACGACGACGACGGAGGCUCCGAUUCCGAUAGAUGAGGGCACCGAGCACACAGUGAUGGCAAUCGCGAUGUGCUCGCCAAAUAUUGUCACGACUGUGGAGAUAGCUACUGCGGCAUCGCCAGCGCAAUGUGCAGCCGACGGCGACUUUCCUUACAUGAUUGGGGGUGGUUGCAAGGUCACUGACAAUUCGAACCUCAAGAAAAAUGAUGGCGCUCUGUGCGGUGGCAUCGGUGGCGGUGUCGCCCAACCCUGCAACGACUUCAAUGCGACAGCAUUCAAAAUCGAGGCGCGAGACGUGAAUCCACCGCCUUCGCCACUGCGAAGUUGGCAGUGUGAGGGUAUGGGUGCAGCCAUCGCGAGAGGCCGCGCGAUCUGUACUCAUCAUCAGCUCGCGCCACAAUUCCUGCGCGCGAAUGCACACGGUGCGGGAGCUGCGGUUGCGGAGUGCCCUUCGGGAUACGAGGCUCUGGGUGGGAGUUGCGCUUACAGCGACUCCUCAGUGAGCGACCCGCACUUGUUCAAUGUUGCAGGCCCUAGCAUCAAAGACUCCACGUCUGAAGCGGAAUGGGGCUACACUGCGGCGCUCGCUCUGUCGGAUGAUGCACCUAGCGCGUACGCGUGCCGCGGCCUUGCCGCAGGCGACGGGACUGUGGAGUUGAGUGCCACUGCGUUCUGUAUGGCGCACAACUUUUUACUCGGAGAAGAAGACGUGUCUUCCGCGUACUUGGCGCUGUUGCAGAAAGGAGUGGGCGGUGGCGGUGUUGCUCGUCGUGCAAGCGUCGGGGACAAAGACAGAGACCAGUCUUUCGCGCUGGACGAAGGUUGGAGCAAAGUCUGCUACCGGACCUACCCGGAUGUGGGCUCGGUGCACCUCCCGAGUUUCUACGCGCAGCGCGCAGCGUUGCAAAGGAUGAAGUGGAAUGCAUAUGACAGCGUUUUUGUGAAACGCGAGGUCACUUGCCGCACGCACAUCUGCAAUCUGGGUGAGUGCUGCAGUGCGCGGGAGCGAUGCAGUCAGCUCCCAGGUAACCACACUAUCCGUCGUGCCUGCCGUGCGGAUGACGCGUACCAGAUUUUCGACGAGUCUCAGCUCUGUGCGGGCGAGAAGUGCGAAUUCUCCGAGUGCUGUCUUGCACGACCAAUGUGCGGCAGCAUGCUCGCGAAGCAGGUAAAUAGUACGCUCUAUGAUUCGACGGAGGUGCACGGUGGUGAAGUCGAAAGCGCGCUCGCACGACUGGAGAUGCCGCGGACGAUCGUCCGGCCUGCCGCGGAGGCCGAAUUCCCAUGGCCAAAUCGUGAGGGAGGUCCGAACUCGACGAUGUGCCAUAACUACCUUUUCGACCGUGACUACUUUUUCUUUGACGCUGAUAUCGUUUGUCGGGGGCCCCAUUGCAGUGUGGAGGAGUGCUGCAAACCGAGGCAAAAGUGCACAGAUAGUAUCUGGGAAGCAAACUGCCCCGCAGGCAGCCUCUCGCAUCAUUUCUUGCCUGACGUAUUCUGCGAGGGCGAGGACUGUCGGGAGGAGGAGUGCUGCGCGGUGGGUCAGCGCUGCUCAUUGAUACAAGACUCGGUGAAGUGCGAACCUGCGACCCACUGGUUCGAUGCGAAAAAAAUUUGCGUCGGGAAGGAGUGUGCGGAUGCUGGCGAGGAGUGCUGCACCCCUAGGGAGAUGUGCGAGGCGCCGGGGAAUUUUCUCAUGCGCGAUUUGUUUUGUUCCACCACUGACACGCACUACUUUGAUUUCAAGCACCUCUGUGAAUUUUCGCUUUGUCGCCUGGACGAAUGCUGCAGGCCUCGGCGCCAGUGCUUCGAUCCAGAGCAUACGCCGGAGGUUGACCUCCUCCGCUGGCAAUGCGAGAAUCAGGCUGCAGCACCUUCAGUCUACAUAGACACAAAUGUGUGUCUGUCGAGGCCAUGCACACAAGAGGACUGCUGCGUGGCCCGCGACACGUGCGGGGCUCGGACCGACCUCAUCGGAGUGGAAGGUGAGGUUCCCGGUACUGGGGUCUGCCAACAGAACCGCACUGACGCUGCGGAUGCGCAAAUGCUUAGCUUCACAAUCAGCGCACACGUGGGAUGCCCAGAAAACUUUCUUCUCGAGCCCUCCGACUGCACGAAGUAUCAAGAGGUGCACGGUUUAAGCUAUGGUUACAAGCUCCAGGCCGACGAGGGGACCUUGCCAAACGGAUGUGCGCGGUACACGGGUUCGAUACCCGAUACCUUAUACUACCAUGGAAGUCGCACGAGUAGAUCGGUUGACGCCACCGUUCAGCAGAUUUGCUGGGUCAAGCUGCAAACCGGAUAUCCGAUUCAGCUUACCGUUGGGGAUCCUUGGUGUCCCUUUGAGUGGCGGCUCACGCAGAACGAUUGCCAGCGCGUCGCAACGUAUUGGGGUUUGACUCUGUACUACAUGCCAACUACUUGGAGCUGGGAUGCCAACGCGCCGAGUGGCUGCUACAGUGACGCCAGGUAUACCAGAGCUUUGAUCUACAACUCGGAUCCCAGGGCUUUGGUCACUGUGAACGUGACCGAUCAACUUUUGGGCAGGCGUCCACUUUGUUGGGUAAAUAGUGCAGAGGUGCGACCCUUCGCGAGGCCGCGCCUGCCUUAUGGUCGCGUUCCCGACGAGCUUCCAGAUGGGGUUUCAGAUCCGGAAGAGGGAUCAGCCACAACUGCUUACGAGCCGCUUCCGGUGGACAGCGGCCGCCUCUUGUCAACCUAUUACACCCGAGCAACCUACGCGGAGCGCUAUCUCAUCGCGAGUCCAGUACGCCCGCUGCCGGAAAACGAACGGUAUCUGGCAAACGAAUCUUUUUUACCGGUGGGAAACGAAACGGACCCUGGACCCGCUUUCCGGCGCACUGUGCACUUGAGCAACCGAGUCCAGAGCCACGCUUACACCCGCCGCGACGCAGCCUCUUUUUGCCACUGGGCACAUCAGGGUCGGCUCCCCUACCUCGAGGAGAUCUGUCCACUGAAGGAAGAUGGGGAUGGAAUCAGCGGUACAGAGGGUAACGUGCGCUGGCUCGUUGCCACAGUCAGGGAAUUUAGCGAAAGUAUUCCGGGCACAGACGUUCCUGCAUCGGGGCACGUCUUUAUUCCUGUUCGUACAGGACACCCUUGCGAGCUGCAUCCCAAAGAGUACAGCUUAUAACUAUUUGUUGUAUAAUCUGUAUGUAUGCAUCCACAUGGUUGCUCCGUCAGCUCUGGGAGGAGCCUGAUGUUGAAACGGAAUUUUUUGUUUUUUAGUGCAACUAAUGUGUAUGUUACUCAGCGAACUGCUCCUUUCUGUUGAAAGUUGUAGGUUUGUUCUGAUAGGUUUUGAUUGUGAGGGUGGAUUGGGCCACAUCAUAUCCCCGAAUGUUUCGUGAAGUGCUUGAAACAUAUCCAGGUUGACCUCCAGUAUUUCAUUUGAUAGGUACUACGAGGCCUGGUGUGAGAAGUUGGCCACGGGCUGGUUACAGAUUCGCGACGUACAGGUGUAUGAUGCGAACUCAAAUCUUGUGCAGACCCGCUGCCUCACCUAUAAGGAGAUUAUGGAGCUGGAGAGUAGUGGAGGGCUUGUUUACUUCACCUCGACGACAACCACGACUACCACAACGCGCACGUUUGUUUUCCAAAACGUGACCGUGGAGCCGCCUCCUCUCGAUGAGCAUUGGGCCAUGGUGGAUAGCGUGAUGAAAGCCGAUCGCGUCUUCUGCAUUGUGCGGGACGAAGCAUACGUGGAUAGACAAAGGCUCUACGACCACAACCAGCCAGUGGCGGUGCCGGAGGCGACGCCGCUGCUACGGUGGCACGGUAUUCCGUCAGCGGUCGCACGUCCACGGGCGGCAACCUUUGUCCUGUCGGCGGCCCCACCUUUACGAGCGGGUAUGAUGCAGUUGGGCGUUAAUGGCAGUGCCAUCGGAGAUGCGCUGGACGACGCUGCCACAAAGCGCGUCAGUGCGAUUUCGCGUAUUCUGACCAAUGUUGAUCCCGUAGAUGUUGUUGUGGAUAGUGUAUUCGGUUCCAACGAAACAAUCGGUCUGAAUCUGUCAGCAAAUGUGUCCUUGCUAUCGAAUCUGUCUUCGGUAAACACAACAAACAUCACACUAGUGCCAUCGGAUGCACAAAGUCGUCCCCGUGUUCCACCGCAGCCCGUGAAUGUCGAGCACCGUGUCCGUGGUGCAAAUGUGGAAAUUGGCUUUUUUCAUUCCGAGUUUCGGGAGCUAGACGCAAACUCUGCUGAUGUGAGUUGCGCGGACGCAUUCGGAACUCCUGACUUUGAGGACAUGACUGAACUGCACCAGUUGCACGAGCAGGGGCUGCUCAGCACUGACGAGCUCGAAGCAGCAUUGUACGGGCGUGACGUGGAAGCAGCGGAAAUUUGCGGAGUCGCGGUAGCUAGGUUGCAUCGAAAUGCACAACCACAGCGACACGAGGUGAGAGAGAAGGACGUCGAAAAGAAGAUUGAAGAUGACAAAGGCUACAACAGUGAUGCGCCUGCACAUGCAACGAAAAUGACCAACGCAACGAAAAUGGCCAACGAAUCUAAUUCGGGUGACGGUGAUGCUAAUGUCACUGCGAAAGAAGGCGAACCCGGCGAGCCCGGGGAUGAUAAAAGGCGGAUGCUGCGAGAGCAUGACUCCAGCAAUGACCCCUGCUCAUAUGGGGACUGUAGGAGUACAAGUGAUGCGCUUGGCCUUGAGUUGAAGCUUCCGCGCGGUUGUUCUUGUCGACUCGUCGGGGAGAUGGCUGAGGAUGGGUCUGUACAUUCGAGGCCGGAGUGCCGGUUCAGCAAGCGUGACUACCGCGUGUGGACGUCGACCACGACGACGACAACCACGACUACGCUCUACAGCUGGACGUAUUCUGAUCCCGUGACAGUGGAGGUUGAGCACUGGAGUUUUCAUGGUGGAGCCCAUACCGCGACAGCAGCCUGCCCAGAGACGGCACCCUACGUGCUGGGAGGUGGCUGCUUGGUGUCAGGCGGCAGCAGUCCACUCAGCGACCGCUACUUGUCCACGAGUGCCCCGACGAUGCUAGAGGCUCAGAAGAACACAACCGUUGGCGGGUGGACUUGCAGCGGUGGCUCCACAGAAUAUCUCGAGGAAGAUUCCCGCAGACUUUCACGCGGUUCUAGGGCGUCACGCAGAAAGUUGUCGUCCUGGUGGGAUCACUUUUGGGAGAGGGCACACGAUGCCGAAGCUUCUGCCAACAGCAGUUAUUCUCUUUCUUCCGGGAAGAUCGUCAUUAGUGCCGUUGCAGUGUGCUCCGCGGACAUCGAGUCGCGACUUUCAGAAGCGUCGUCGUCGACCGGGGAGGAUUCAGUUGUUGCGACAUGCCACAAGAAUGAAGAAUUUUCCAUUGUUAUCGGAGGUGGAUGCGCCAUGGAAGCCUAUGCUCCAAAGAUGCGCGAUGCUGCGGUCUGCGGUCCCGAGCCAUGGAUGCGAUCGUGCACGCAGGACGGGGAAUUCCAGGGAACCGAAAUCACGGGGUGGCGGUGCGGUAGUGAGUCCACUGAUCUGGCCUCACAUCGCCGUUCACCGAGAAAAACCGUACGUGCUAUUUGCACACGGCCAAAGUUCGGGCAGAUGUUCACCUACAGGCACAGCUUUGUAUAUGGUACCGAUGAUACUAGGACGCCUACCGUUCCGUUGCAGAGCUGCCCCGACGGCUACGGGGUGAUCGGUGGAGGUUGCCAAAUCAUAGAAGACUCUGGCACUGGUGGCCCACAGCCGCUGCUGAUGAGCUAUGCAACGGUCCUGACACUCGAUCCAGAAAAUGGCACCGCGAAUGGAAUUCUGCUCCCGAGUGCAGCCCAAGACGUGGCAAAGGCUAGCGUGUCCGCUUUCAGCGGGGCCUACGCCUGCGGAGGCCACGACGACAACGGGUCACGCGCGAAACACCUCACGGCUCACUGUUUUGCGCAGAGCUUUAGCAUGGCUCUGCGCAAGCGCGCCCUGGUGGGCGGGAAUGAGACCAAGCAGCCGCCGGAGUGGAACGAGUGGCGCAAAAUUUGUUACCGAACCGUUCCGGAUACGAGCUCGUUGUAUUAUCCGACCCUCUACCAGUCACGAGCGGUGCAGCAGCGCUUAAAGUGGCGAGUGUGGGACAGCUACGUUUUCAACCGCGACCGCGUUUGCCGAUCACAAGAGUGCAUCCUGGGUGAAUGCUGUUCGCAGCGCGAAGCCUGCGGUGCCUUGCCGGCUUCACACGUAAUGCGUCGCAGCUGCCGCGCGGACGCUCUGCGCUUUUUUGAUGAUACUCGGCUCUGCGAAGGUACUGAAUGCACCUUCGAGGAGUGCUGUUUUCCGCGCAGCACUUGCGGCUUUAUUUUCCGGAACCAAUCUGCGGCUCUUGAGGAGCACUCUCUAGAGCUGCGGGAAAUUCCACGACUCCAGCUUGCACCACCGCACGCAACUGCUGAAGUCUCUUCCGUGACCAACCGAAGCCUUUUAUGCGAUAACUAUCUUUUCGACAAGCCGUACUUUUACCUGGACGCCGCACAGCUAUGCGUCACAGACCAAUGUCGACAAGAGGAAUGCUGCAAACCGCGGCAGAAAUGUGCGGAAUCGGCUUGGGAAGAAGAGUGCGGCGCAACGGACCUCCAUCGCUUCUUUAUGCCAGAGGUUUUGUGUGAAGACGACACCUGCCGAGAGGAAGAGUGCUGCGCGGUAGGGCAGCGCUGCCACCUGCUCGCUCCUACGUUUAGCUGCGAUGCGGCUACGCACUUUUUCGAGCCAACCCUUGUGUGCCCGGACGGCGAGUGCGAACCUGGCGAGUGCUGUAUUGCGAGAGAGAUGUGUAGCAGCGGGGAAAACGCGCUCAUUGAGGCACUCUACUGCCCGGGAGACCGCUAUGACACUUAUUUUGGCCGUGAGGUUCUCUGCUCGAAGCAACACUGCACCGCAGAAGAAUGUUGCCGUAAGAAACAGUACUGCGAUGCGGUCGAGGAGGAGACGUUAUUGGGAUGGAAUUGCGACACCCACUUUACUGAAACGCUAGAAAUUCUCGUUUACGAUGCACUUGUGAUGGCAGAUCAUCAGGACAGUUUAGCGAAUGUGACCUGGUCUCUUCCUGGAACAAACACGUCUGCCAAUGUUGUCGUGGCGCACCUAAUCGCCAAGGGCGCGCUCGACGCACAGGAGGAUCUGUUGGUUGUGCAGCAACUCGAUGCUGGAGGUGUUAUCACGCUGCCAAAACACGUCCGAGAGGCUAUCGACCGCGGAGUAAAAAACGCGAGUUCCUUUCCGGAAGGCGCGCCGCCGGAGGUUUUCCUGCAUGACUACUUGUGCGACCGGGAGCACUGUCAGCGCAACGAGUGCUGUAGGGCGCGCCAACGCUGUAGGGACUCUCCCUUUGCCGAUGAGGCAAGAGAGCUGUGUUUGACCUCAGACCCAGUGCAGUUGUCCCAGUACCCAAGCAACAAGUCUGCGUUUACCGCGAGUCUUUCGGAAGAGUGGCUGGAGAAUAACUACCAAUGUUUUCCGGAAGGGACUGAUCAUGCAGAAAAAGAGCUGCUGCGGCAAAAUUGUUUGUUGGAUGGCUACUGCCAGGGUGUGCACGUGAACUCGCCGCUGCAGCAGGCUGACCACCGCGGAGCGUGCCCCGAGGUAGCUCCAGAGGGCCAUUCGGUCAUCUGGCGCAACCCGUCCGGCGAGGAGCUCGUGUAUCAUAAUUGCAGUGUGGGCGUCCAACAAGCAGGUACGGAGUACGACCCCGACAGCACGGGCGUAAACGACGGGUGCAUGCGCGAGAAGGAAAUACAGCGUGGCUACCCGCUUCGGUGUCCACAGGUGGAAGAAGAUUACGAACAUCCCGGCGGCAACCUCGACCUUGGGGGUCCCUUCGGAGAGUACCCAGAGCACGUGGGGAACUUCGAGACGUGCGUGACCAUGUGCGCGAUGAGGAGCGACUGCGUUGGGGUAUCCUUUCUGACUGAUCCCUUGGCUGCGAACUUGACGCGUUUGGUGAAUUUCGAUCAAAACGGCUUAGGGCUAGACUGCUAUAUGAAAGCAGAGUGGACGGCGGCUGUUUGGCGCGGGUCUUGGGUCGUAAGCCGUGGGUCUCCGCGGACCGUAGACACCACAGUCGCAUCGUUUCCUCCGGAAUUGAUUGGCUAUAAAGGCGUCCCAAUCAGCAGCACCGCACGCAGCGAGGAUGCUGGCUGUUUCGUGCAGCUGGAUCCCGAAUCGGAGGGGCUGGCGGCCACCCACUGGCCCGAGAUGUACCCUGGCGAUGUGGUGCAGGAUGAUGCGCUGGCGGCCCGUCCGCUCUUCCGGACGCAGUGGGAGGAAGACCAGCCGCUUGACGAAACGAAUGAGGGCUCCUGGUACAAGUACAACGCCGCAACCACGUGCUCGCAUUCGGGCUAUCACGCCACGGCCUGGGUCUGGUGGAGUCUCAUUUUGCCAGAGGACACCUUCGUACGGAUGAUCAAAAUCUUCAACCGCGUGGACUGCUGCCAGGAACGGCUCGACUAUAAUAUCUACAUGUACCGGCAGAGGACCCGUUUCGAAGUGGGGGAUGUAUUAGAUUUCGAAUAUCUCGGCUAUUGGGGGAUACCCAUCUCAAUGCAUGGCACCGAUAUCAUGAUUAACAAAUGGGUGCGGGGCGGCAUAUUUGCCCAUGACAGGCGAGGCGGUCUCUUGAUCUACGGCGCAGAUUCGCAGUAUAUGCACGUGUGCGGACUACUCGUUUUUGCAGAGAGGGAACCUUCCGAGCCCCACGCCAGUGGAGUGCCCGUGUGGACACCGCCGCUGGUGCCGCGGUAUGUUCCGCCAAUUGAGCCGACGCGAGGCCGCUGGUGGGGAUAUGAGGUACCUACUGCGAAAAUUCUAGACAGAACUUUCUUUAUUUUCUCAACGUCGGCAAUGCCUUGGAACCUUUGCUCAACGUCAACUGUUGAGAGGUAUUGCUCAGCGCUGAACCUUGCUUUCUUUUCUCAACGUCAACCAGCAGAAGUGAGGGCAAGUGAAACAGGAGUAGGCUUAGCGCAGCUUCGCCUACGCCCUAACAGUAUGUGGGUUUUAUCCACGUCUUUCUUGCACGGAGCGCCGCGUAUAUGUCAUUUAUUCUCCCCUCGUGAGGUGGUGACCCAUCAGGCGGCUGUGUCUGAGGCCUUGGUGUUGUUGGGUGCUCAGUCUAUUCCAAAUGAAUUUCGUAUGUACCUAAUUGCACUUUCGUUUUUCUUUUUCCGUAUUCCCAGUAAUAGUCUUACGGCGCAAAGGUACUGAGAUGUUGCUCAGACUCGUCAGCGUGGGACAUUUUGAUCUCGAGAUGGGGGGGGACAGGUGUAGAUAUCAUGAUAAAUAUCGAGAAAAGUUGUUAGAAAAGAUCGUCAUCUUCAAUCUUGUUUCAGGUUUACGGUUCGAAUACCGUCUGCAUGGAUGGAGGAAAGAUUAGGGAGUCCGGGGCCUCGGAUCCGACGGAAUGGGAAGAGACGAAGUCACGGCAGCACUGCGAGAAUCUGUGUGACGAGUACGAAGACUGCCAGUUUUACCUCUACCGCCACGACCCUGAGUACACGCCCGUGGAGGGAUCCAAUGUGCGGGAGUACAUGUGCAUCUUGUACAGCAAAUGCCCGUGGUUCGACGCUUGGGAACUAGAUAGGUCCGGCGAUACCAGCAAUUGGGGACACAUUUUUAGGAAGACGCAACAGGUGGACUAUUUUCGGGCGGACAGGCCGAAAGAGCACGCCUCGGGUAGUCGUACCUCGAGGAACCUGCGGGAGCUGCUGCGGAGCGUCGACGAAAAAUUGCUCGCACCUUCCGAGCGGUACACGAACUUGAACGUGAAUUUCUUGUUUCCCGAGAGCGAGCUGAAUCCGAACAACGACUAUAACUUUGACUUCCAGGGUCUCGGUGGCAUCAACGCCUCUCUAGGCCAUGCUCCUCUUGUUGAGUCGUUCCCGCAUGACCGGCCUCCGAACUAUCGGAAGACGAGUAAUUUCACAUAUGCGAAGGACACGUUCAAAAUUCGCGGUGUUGGCUCCAACUUCACAGAACGGGCCUAUUGGGAAUACUACACGGAAUUUUCGCAAGGGUGGAACGUCGGGGAUCCUGUAGAUGAGCACGGAAUGAUCACGCGGCCGAACGAGGGAGACCUGGGGAUCGGCAAUAAUGCCAGGUACCAGAUAAGUUAAGGCUAUACAUAGUUUUGAGUCAUUAUCUCGUGUGUGUUAUGCUGGACGGGUUCCCCUGAAGAAUCAAGACCGAAAAUUCUCAGGGACUCACCCGACCACAAUGAACUAAUCGAAUACUCAAUAACCGAGUAUCUGAGAGAACUCCCGAUGAUCUACCAGAAGUACCUCUAACGAAAGUACCGCAUGAAGUUCCUCGGCAUGAGCUACUGCCUUUCACUCGACGGCGCGCGGCCUGGGUUGUCGGGUCUGUACUACAGUGGGAUGUACGACCGCGAGAAGUGUCUGGACGACUGCGUGAACGACCCAGACUGCGUUGCGCUGGAAACCUGGCGCAGUUACUGUUACAAAAUCCACUACAACGACAGUCUGCGUCUCGGCCGCGACUGGCACAACUUGUGGCAAGAGAUGGAGGCGGCCGAAACCAUCUAUGAAGACUAUGAGUGUCACCAAAAAGAGGAAUAUCGCGUGGAGAUGGUGGAUCUCGGGACUCCCGGGGAUCAAAACCAUUGCCACAACUUGGUGGGGGAGAAUAUGGUGGAGGAGCCGCAGAGCGAGAACACCUUGCAUGAGUGCCUGAACAACUGCCUCGGCUGGGAUAGCUGCCAGGGCGUCGAGUACUUCAAGGACGACGGGUACUCGGCGGUGACUGGCGAAAAUGCUAAGCUUUGCUACUUCAUCUUGGAUUAUAAAAGCGAGCACUACAACCGUGGUCGUGAGCCUGCAGUGAGUUACCGCCAAACGCAGCCGAACCCGCAGUGGACGCGUGACAGCACCUGCUACGCGAAGCGCGAGACACUUCUAGACUACCUUUCGGGAGGUAUUGCGUCCACCUCCAGCGUCUACCUUGAUAUGUUCACAACUUAUGGCGCACAUACUGUUCGCGACCAGUACAUGGGAAAGAGCAGACUCGGGGACGGUUCGAGGAAUACGCGACUUCACACCGGGUUAGGCCCGGGGGUAGUUGUUAAUGCAGACAAUAGCGUCGUUGUCAACGGUGCCGCGGGCACCACUGAUCCGUGGAUGCAGGUCUCCUUUUUGGAGGACGGCACCUAUUUUUCCAUCGACCACGUGAUCCUCCACUCAGGUGUGACGAGCCCUAUGGAUAGUUUCAAUUUUUUUAUGAGCUUUCCCUACGACGGAUAUCCAGAGGGAGUGCAAGGCCGGAAUUUCGACUGCAGCGCCUCGUUGCAAAAUAUGCUCGCGUGCAACAUGACAGUGCAAGUAGGCGUUUCCGAGAACGAGGGGUGCGAGAGCUCUGCUGCGGACGGGCAGGGCGGCGGACCUUGUCCGGGCUACAUUUGCGGGGAGUUGCGCUACAUUACGGAAGUGAACAGCACCACUAUGCACAGAAUUCGCGUUAACUGCAACGGCGUGGUGGGGCGCGUCGUCUGGGUCCGACUUCCUGGGACGCAUCGCAUCUUGAUUUUGGACGAGGUGGAAAUAAUUCGGCGCCGCGUGCAGGUGCGUCGUCUUCCAGGGCAAUAUUUACGCGCACAACAGGGCCCCACCUGGCCGAGUGAAGACGAGAGCAGUAACACCACCGGGGCUUCGUUGAGCGGCGGAGGCGAGCAUUAUCUGUUGCCGCUCUUCCACGGACUAGGCAGGUCGACGCAGUGGGCGGAUGGGACGUGUUCGCACUCCCGGUCGUUUGACCCCGAGGACCCGGCUUACUUCGACAUUGCUUUUCGGGAGGGCGUUUCGGUGGCGACCAACACGGAGGAGGAGACUGGUGCGGAUGGAACCACCUCAAGCCGGUACUACAUUCAUUCGGUGACUCUGUUCAACCGGGAUGACGACCCUUUAUUCGCGGAGAGACUGAAUCACGCAGAAGUGUGGGUCGAUCAUCACCUAUUCAUUCGAGAUCUUGGAGAGGUGUCGCCCAGUGGCAAGUCAAUUUAUCUCGGCCGCUACGUGCGGGAACAAAUCCGUGUGGUACAGCGGCGGAACCUUCUAUUUUUGGCGCCGUACGUAACAGAGGCGGCCGCCGAGGUAGAAAAAGCUCAGAUGUUCGGGUUGCGCUACUUUUCUGAGUUGACGAUUUGUGGCGUGUACGUUUACUACCAGCUACCGAAUCUUGCCAACGAGUAUUUUUCCGACUACAAUCAUCCGACUUCGUGUCGCCAUAUCCUCGAGCAGAAGAGCGACGGCACUGUUUACAUGGACUCUGGUUGGCAAUUUACGGGAAGAAUAUUUGGAAAGGACAUAGAUUGGUGUGAGGCUAUGUGCACACAGGACCCAGAUGACAUCGGUUGCGUGGGCUACGAGUUUCAACCUGCGCGAGAUGGCAGUCAAAGCGCAUGCACACUGCACCCGAACCGACUCGCGGAGGGGGAUUCGUGGCGCCAGCGCAACCCACGGCAGCACAUGGUUGGAGAGAUGGUCACCAAUACGAAGCGGCAGCGCUGCUUUUUGCAAGUUGCUUCGAAAGGGGCAAGCUGGAAUGGUCACAAAGACUUCAAGCACCUUUUUCCCCACAGCGAUGAGUAUAUCGGUUUGAGAGUUACGAACUCGGGAGACUCUUCUUUGGACGGAAGGUUCUUGCGCUGCACAACCAUGAACAUCAACGAGGGCACUCACUGCUACGUUAACAGUGACAGUCUUCCCCUUGGCUACGAAGGAGAGUUUAUGUUUCGGACUGGGUACGAUCGGAUUGGUGUUUAUCAUUCUUCUUACGUUUAUCAAGGCGCGGGGCUUUUUCAGAGAGCCUUGCGAAACGGUGACGCUGGUGUGCUCCGCGCGGGCCAUGCGCCCAAUCCGUAUAGACACGUCUGGUACUACGCGAUGGAUUGUACCCCGUUUGCUGGGAGCGGAACACAGUGUGCAUACCGGAACUACCGCGGGCAGAAUCGAGCCCAGUAUCUUCCCUUCAAGAUGUGGGAGAUGAGCACGCACGGCGGCUCCUCGCAGGAAUAUUUGUCAGGGACAUUUUUGCGGCGUGGCCAGGUGGUGAAGUUCGUGAAUAUGGCAACAAACAGCUGGAAUAAUUUUGACAAUAAAGACGUUGGUAUGCGAUGUUUUGCAAGCUCGUGCAGGCACGACCCGAGCUAUCCUACGCAGUUCCACAUUUGCGACAGGUACGGACGUUGUGACCCCGACGCUGUCGUUUAUCAUACCAUUCGAGUGCCGGAGGCUGAUCUCCUUCCCCAAGAUGUUCUGAACCAGUUGGCGCGUCGAAGCGAACCGUCUCGAAGAGGCCUUGCAGCUGCAGACGUAGACAUUAUCGGCGCGACAGCGAGAGACAGUUUUAAGCAGCGAAAUUUAAACAGCAUGGCACUAAAAAAAGCAGUCGCUGUCGACGGAGCUCGCGUGUCCGAAUGGCCACCACCAAAUUACAGUGCACGGUGGAGACGAAAGGACCGGGGGAGCAUUGUUCAACGCCGGGCUGCACGUCGGAAGUUGCGUGCAACUGUUGCGAUCACUCCGCACAUAAUUUCAAUGGGAGCGCUGCAAGUAGACAACAGCACAAUUGACCACGCGGCAUUGACGAUGGCCAACGGCGCGCAUCGCAGACUCUCCACAGAUGUCUACGCCAGCAAUGAGACACUGAAUGCAAGCAAAUUGACGGGUUCACAUGAUUAUUCGGAGACAGACUCUGCAGAGGCUACGCCUUAUCCUAACACUGAUCACCUGCCACAACUUCACCUGUUCCGCGACGAUGCGUUUUGUGGUGGCGCGUCGUGUCGCGCCGAAGAGGCUGCGUGCUGCGGCACGAGAGCUCAAUGUGGGAGCGUUUCUUACAUGCGCUUGUUGCACGAGUGGAAAUGCUUUGAACCGGGUACCAUAUUUCGGCACGACUAUACCUGUGAAGGAUUUGAAUGCACCCGAAAUGAGUGCUGCGCCCCACAGCAACGCUGUGGAGAUGCGCGUGAAUCGGUGAAAGCAAAGCUUGAAGAGCGCUGCGGUGCACGUAAUGACAAAGCCAUCUAUGGGCCACCCGGCCUGCGAAAUGGUACAUCCGGGAACUCCGAGACAUCGGUCCAGGCCACGUUUGUGAGCAGCCUCGACGGGCGAAAGUACUUCUUCAAUGACGAGUUGCUCUGCGAGGGAGAGCGCUGCACUGCACUUGGGUCCAGAGAUGAGCGUCGCUGUUGCGCACCGAGGCAUUACAUAUGUGGAGACUCGGAUCGGGUUCGGGGGGAGUGCGAAGCGCUGCAGGACUCGUCGCGAAUCUUCCAGCCUUCGACUUUAUGUAAAGACUGGUCCGAAGAUUCCUGUGCUGCGCGGGAGUGCUGUCCUAAGAUUUUUGCGUGUGCGGGCGUCGAACUCGUUUCACCCUCGAUCACACCGAUGCCAGCGGCGAACUCAUCCGCUAUUGAAACCACACCGCCGCCGCCAGAUGCGUCGGGAAUGCAGACAGUAAGCGACAGCAACGCCUCUAUGCGCGCUCCAUAUUUACGCCUGGAAGUAGACGUCUGCAUGUAAUUUCAUAUAUCUUGGCUUCGAAUGAUUAGAUAUUUUUGUUUGACGCACCUCUGUGUAAGUUUUGCUUCCAAAACGGCCAUCCAGGGUCGGACCUGAAGUACAUGACCAUGACCAUGACGCACCAGUUGUGAGGUGGAGGGAACAAGUGUGCAGGUUCAUGAAAGUCAGUCGUUGCAGGUUCAGCUCGUUAAUUAAAGAGGCGUCGAGUAAAUUUCAUCUUUUAAGAAUCAUGUGGUCUUUUAAGGCAAAGCUCUUCUAAUACACAAUACCUCUGGAGUUGUGUUAAGAGAUGAAAAUAUCAGCGACGGCUCCUCAGCUGGUCCUCCUGGAAAUGAAAGUGUUUGGCCGCCAUGGCGCGCGAAACGAUUCGCGUUUGAAUUUCAGGGAACUGGCGAGAAUUUGUCGCUUACUUUGCCGGGAUUCAAGAUGCAGGUAAAUCAGAUUCGACUGCGGGACUACUGCAGGUUCGAGGUUGACCGGUUUUACGAUGUAGAGGCCCUCUGCGCGGACGCUGGAAUGUCCUCAUGCACCGUGGACACUUGCUGCGUGCGACCGCUGCAUCCCUGCACGGACCAAGCACCUUCAACGGUGCAAUGUGAUCCAAAAACCGAGUUUUUGGAUACCUCGCAGUUCUGUGGUCACUGGAAUGCCAGCUACUGCACGAAUGCGCAGUGCUGUCGGCCGCGGAGAGUCUGCCACGCGGAUGCUGUGGCGUACAGGCUUGGUGAUGUGGUAAACGUAACAUCGGUAUCGGCACUGGGAUACACGCCGCGUGCAUCAGCUGAUGGCUCGCCUGGAGUGAACGAGACGACGCACCAUCAGUUCGUUGUGGACAGCAUUAACGGAAUGACGUUGGGCGAUGCCUGCGCACGGGUCCACCAUUCCACAGAGCAGUUCGGUGUUGCGCUUUGCGAGAGUGGCGAUGAAGCAUCAUGCACCGUUCAGACCUGCUGUCCGGAGCCCCGAGCUCCUUGCGAUGCGGCCCACAGCUGGCUCUCGUGCGACGAUGUUCCAUCGCUGACAAAUGUCUUCUUCGACAGGAGUGGCAGGCUGUGCAACAGCGCCCAUCCUUCGUCUGAGGUACCCGAGAGCUGUACUGCAGAACAGUGUUGCGCUAAAACUCGGAUUUGCGGCUCACAUACCAAAGAAAACGCGGAUGGUACGAAGACGCGCGUGCUGGAGAACUCGGAGAUGCGCAUAUGGUGUUCGGCGAAUAAACACUACUAUCGACCGAAUAACAGGUGCGAGGGAGGCAGCCUAGAGAGUUGCACUCCAGAAGCUUGCUGUCCUAAUCCAAUACACAUCUGCCCGGCUACCUCAGGAGCAGAAAGGUGCCACGAGGGAAAUCAUUUUUAUUCACCGAUGAAGCGCAUCUGCAACAUCGACAGGAACACAACCACUAACGAUAAGCGCUUCAACGGACGGUGGCGUCGGGUGUACGACGUCGCGCACCCCCAUAAUAGGUGGGAUAAUUCACAAAUGCGGCCGCGCUUCGCCGAGGGCGUGGGGCAAGCUAGCGGGGACUCGCUUGCACACGCACUGAAUUUCACUCGUUGUUGGAUCGAGCACAUCGGCUCGGAAAGUGCCGCUGUCCACGGGACACUCUCAUCCUUCACUCCAGCAGGGGGUGUGCGUGCGCGCCGUGCAACAGUGGAAGGCGCGCCAACAAUGGUCUGCCACAGCGAAGAUCCUCCGGACAUGAACCCCAUUUUUGAUGCGUUCGACUACGCAUUAGAAUACCCCCUCCCAAGGGCUUACGUGCGCUACGAAAUACGAGCGGUGACGGCUGACUAUUUAGUACUCGAGAAGACCGACGACCCAGUUUCUCUGGGCCUUGUCGCAGCUGGAGACUCAACACCAAGCUACGAGCCCCUUCUCUAUGGCGCCUUCGCAUGCGGCGCGGGUUACGGCCGCGCGGAGCUGCGCUUUUCAGACGGCUCUGUGUUCUGGAAGGAGGCCACUUCGAAUACCACGGAUGACGGAACAGGGAGCGCGUCAAGUACAACAUGGGAGGAAGCCAAGUGUUGCGAGGAAUGCCAUAUUGAGGUACCCUCCGGUCCGGGUUCCUAUUCCGGCGUGUGGGAAGACGUGCGUCUUGGGGCGGCCAGUUUUUUGAAGCUAUCUCCAGUUGGGGCGGACACGGUUCCGCAUGCAACGACCACGGCGCAGAACGGAAUCUACACGGAUCCCAUGGGAACUUCUGGUGACAGUGUCGUAGCCGCAACCAUGCUCCCUUUGUCGGGCGACCGGACUACCCGAGCGCUUUUGGAGAUGACCGAUCCGGCCGUGUAUGGGCUGCAAUUCCGCACUUUGCAAAGCGGCGUAGCCGUCCCUCCUACUGCUCUGCAGAAUCUAAUGCCGGCCUAUUCGGUACCCCGCUUCGGAGCAGAUCUGCAGGAGCCAAGUGCCGCGGACGCUUUGGAUAUAGGGGGACGCCCGUCCCACUAUGGUUUUGGGAGCGAAGGGGAACACUCUAAUUCCACGGGAGAACCUCUUGUGUCUUCUGCUCUAGUUCUCACGCGGGCGAACACGCUGCUCACGCGCUUUCAUGUGCAAACCGAAUUGGAGUACAUUUGUUCUCACGCCUUGAGCAAUUCCUAUCCUUUCGCGCGGUUUGGUUCCAACGGGGAGAAAGCAAAUGAUCCUCCGGUUUGGAGUUGCUUUUCGGCACUGAAAGUAUAUUUUUACUCUGAGCUGUAGCUGCUGUAAGUUUUUACCUCUGCCACCCAAACUGUACCUUUGCUAUUGUUAAUACCUAGCUACGCUAUCGCAUCAUAGUCCGUUACACCUUUACAAUAUAUAAUGGCAUUGUUGGCACCUGUACCACGUUUAGAUUUGCAAUAGUGUUUGUCGGUACCUACUCGUACUUACUUCCUUGCAAUUGACUAGUUCCUGCUAAUUUGAGUUUGUUCCUCCGAGCUUUGUUGGGCUUAGGUCCACCGGUGUAGAGGGAAAACUAUUCAAGUCAUUCAUUGCAAUUUCGAUUAGGUAUUCCAUCAUUUUCGUUAGUUUUUCGACUGUAUAGACUUUUCCAUUUCAAUUUGGCGUGGCUGGUUCCAGUGCCGUAGAAGAGGCAACUAUUUGUAAGUUUGCUUCAUGGAUCAAUUACCCGCUCGAUCAAAGGAAAGCGGACGAAGUGUGGUCAUUUACUCUAAGACAGGCACGACAUCAUGUGUCACGGGCUUGUGAGUUGAGUAAUUUUGUGGUUCUCUUUGGGAAUUAAGAAAUGAGUCCAGAAAGAAGAUGCAUCCUUGUUCCAUUGAAAACAACUACUCAGGACGGUUGGGACUCGAGCUCGUGGGGCCACGCUUGUGUGUCGGCAGAUGGCAAGCGACCUGUGCCGUGUCUCUUGCCUCAUUACUCGAAUACACACGGGCAGUUCGGCAAAAUGAAGCCGUACAACCUCGGAUACUUUUCUGUAUACAAGUUAUGGCCAGCCUUCCUGUAUGACGCCCGAAUCGUCUUUCCCGAGAGCGGAAUGCAGCGCGAGGGAUCGGGCUACUGGAAGGCAAGUGGUGUAUGCCUUGGCGACCUGCACAGCAAUGCGAAUAAGCAGGGGAAAACGGGAAACUAUCCGAGCUCGUUUGCUGAUAACUUUUAUGAUACCUACACCGAUAUUGGCGUACUUUGUCGCGAUCCGAGUGUUGUGGGUAACAAUCCGGUGCUACCGUCUAUCUGUCACCGGUUCCAGAUCGUCGAUAGCUCAGGAGAUGGGACGGAUUUCUGCGUUGGUGCAAAUCAAUAUUUUGAUCGCGCUCCUAGCAGACAGCAGGAAGUUGAAGCUGCAAUUUUAUGGCUUUUUUUGUAUCUAUGUAUAUAAAGCACUUCGUUUCAGGUUCCCUACUUUUUUUCCAGGCUUGUAUUUUAUACAAAUACAAGGUAAGCCUAAACAAAGAUAGUCUUACCCUACGAUUCAAGGAGGGAAUAACCUCUAGGUAUGACGUGCAAACUCCCACCGAAGAAACGAGAAGAUCCUUCUUUUCACACUUAAAGGAUACUCCUACACAGUUCGUUAACACACCUACAAUCUAACCACUUCCUUCUUUCUCCUUACAGAGAACUCAUUGAGACUCUGAGGGAUUCAAUUUCAAUUAAAUGCACACUCUAACAAUUCUGCUUUGCAACCAGCUCACCGAGUGCGCGGGCUUUACGUUCUGGAGGCUUAACGACGGCCCAUGUAGUCUAAAGUAUCGUCUCAUGCGCCGCAUUGUGGGGGCUGACUUGGGAAGUGUCAUUAAGGCCUCAGUUUCUAAUCCAUCUUUUCCGUCAUCCGUCUUUUAGUCUUUUCGAGUAGAAAAGAGGAUGCAGAUGAGGCAAGGGAUGGAUCGGAGAGAGUUCUAACCCCACAUCGUACGCGAGAUCGGCAAGCUGCUACUCGAAGCGCUCUUUUUAUUUAUGUCGCAGUUGACACUUGUAUCUUGUGGUCUCAUUAUUUUAUGUAGUCACAGCCCAUGAAGCCUGCAUAUCUCUAUUUGACUACCGUAGCGGCCACGGUGUGAAGUCACUACUUCAGAGAUAUCUUACAUUCAUACGCGCCCUAAGAGCUGGGCUCAAAACUAGAACUGCACUAGGGGCAAGGAAAUGACAUCCAUCGGUCUCGCGACAUGAUGAGGAUACACUAAAGAGGAAUUUCUUUCAAUAUAUUGACUACGAGAGAAUUAGAGUAUUCGAAUGUAAACAACAGAAAAACUGCGUAGCGUAAGCACGCAGCUUGUUAGUAAGCAACGCGUUCAGUCGCAGCCGCGAUGUGCGGCUAGCGAUGGCAUUCCAGCCUAUAGGUACUCACAGAAGUUACACCUGCAGGCAAACAAUCUCCAUGCUGGCUUCGAAGCGUUUCGUUUAGAUGUUCUAACUUUCUACGAUGUCGAUCCUGUGCCGACACCAAGACAUUACCUGGACUACGGGGCGGAUGCUAAUUGUGCAACAACUUACGGCUUCCGCCACGCGAGCGAGCAGUCCCCCGCGUCUCUACCAGAAGGCUGCAUUAACAGUAUGUAUGACAAGGAGGACGACUAUGCGGCACUAUUUCGGCUCCCGGCGCAGCUUGCAGAGCAAGACAUCGAGUGGGAGUUUUUUGAGGGGCGCGGGUGUGAGAGCAACAUGUACGCAACUGCACAAGAGAACGCGCUUACUCUGGAGGGGCAUGCGACCUUCGUGGACUGGAAGGCUCUGGAGUCCAACGGCGAAUGGACUGUCGGCUACGAGAUGGUACCCCAUUGCCAACGGCUUUGCGAGCAGAGUGCGUUCUGCGGUGGGGUGACCGUGGACCGACGAGACGACGAAGCGAAAUGCUUUUUUUGGAAGAGCGUCACGCAUGUGGAUUCAGACGCAAACUGGAGCGCGAACCUCGCCUGCAUGCGGGUGCGCAGCGCACCCUAUUUCUCGGUGGACGAUUCGAGUGCCGAUCAGGCUGUGCUGGCCCGGGAUGGCGGAGAUGGUGGCGCCGCUCCCUCGCGGUCACGAAAAGUCGCCUCGGUCGGGACUACAGCAGUUGCACCGACCGGGUACAUACAUCUGGGAAAUGGCUUCUGCAGAAACGCCAAGUACAAGCGCAUUACUAGUACUUGGACCUGGAGCAACAUGUUCUAUACGGAUUGCGCGCGGCAGUGCGACGAUGAUUAUCACUGCUACGGGUUUAUCACGGAGACGGACACUCCAGCUGAUCCUUGGCAUGGGGAUGUCCUUGGGAUACACAAGUGUACGAUUUUCUACUUCCCGAGCGACGGAGUGCCGAUUGUAGGCGUGGACACGGAGACCCGCAAUCACUGUUUUCUGAAAUUUUCCGGAGCGUCGAGCGUGCUCCCAGCUGGCGCUUUCCAAACAGCCGCACCGGCGACGGCAUCCGCUGAGCUUCCUGAUUCCGCGGAAAAUCCGGCGCUGUCACGGGGGGAGUCACUACUGUACGAUCGUGUCGAGUUGCGUGAAGAUAGACAAAUGACGAGUGGGGCGAUGAGCUGGACGUGGCGAACUGCGCGUACGCCGCUUAGCACUCUGCGGAUCUACAACUUCAACAGUGCAUGGGAAACGGCUUGGAAGAAUAUACAUUUUGAUGGCAACCCUAUCGCUGGCAGUAUUGAUUGUAUGAGCGCAGGAUUUCCCUACGUCCAUCCUAAGGGGACGCAUACGCAGGAGGAAUAUCCCGGAUGCCCCUCUGGUGCCUGGUGCUGCAGCAUAAACCACAGCAACUACGAGUUAGAUAGUGAUCACAAGUUGCUGCCAUUCGCCCGGGCUGCAAACUACUACGAGACGUCCUCAGCGGGUGUGUUUCGCUAUGAGGGCAGCGGUAUGUCGAAGCUGGUGCCGGGAAUUAUGGGCAGCUAUCGCCAUGUACAUGACACGUUGACUAUUCAAAACUUGGCCACCCAGGAUCCCGCGGCGGAUAGCUAUGUCCCUGAAGCUGAGCACGCGGCAUUGUUCGCCGGUGUAGCAUCUGAUCACACGGCGACACAAAGAAAGAGACGCAGGACGCAAGCGGCGCCGUGGCGGUACCCCGUUCCACCGGGUCAACUGCGGCGGGCGAUGACCCAUCGAGGACGUAUUUUUGUGCCCAUCAUUCAGCCCGCAGAGGGAUUCGUUUGGCGGCACAUCCAUCGGAAGCACUUGGGACAUGAGGGCUUCAUUUCCAUGUAUGCGGACAAUCCGCGUUACCGUAUCCCGAUGAAGCCGUUGCUCGAGGAGAUCGCGGACAGUUUGGGCAUCGGACUGAAUGAGUUGCACCUGUAUCAGCUAUUCACAGGCGAAAAUCGAGCUGGUACAAAGGUGAUGCUUAAAUCUGCGGUGCCCUGCGUGGUCUACGCUUUGAUGCGCUGUGAUGUAAACUGUACCGCAGUGACACCGUUUGCCAGUCACAGUGAGCCAGCGACCCGAUUCACCAUGCGCAGCACAAUCACGGCGCAGAGUCAUCGUGUGUCCUCGACUAGAUCCACCAGGCAGAAUACGUUUGACAGAUACGAUUAUCAGCUGUGGGCGAAGCGCUUUGACUCUGGCAACGUGGCGCUGGCGCAUCUUCCGCAACGCAGUGAGGGUCAGACGCAUAAUAAUAUCAGAGGAUCCUACUUCGUGCGCUUUCUUGACGCGCCGGCAGACGUGAGCAGUUUGAGAAACCACUUUUUGGACUGGCAGUUUGACGGAAUUUCUUUGCGCGCAGACCAGAUGGCAGCUCCAGGCUGCGCGAAUUCGAUUGCUAGCCCGGACAAGCCUCGGGAGGCGCUCCUGGACGGCUACUUUUGGGAGUGUGCUUCCUCGCGAACCACGUAUGCCGUAUUGAAAUUUAGCAACGCGGAUCAGGCUGCGGCAGCUGGGGAAGCGCCGCCAGUCCGCUCGUUCGUACGUUCGGCGGUGCUGCGCUUUGGUUUCGAGGAUGGCUUUCAGUUUGCAAUCAAUGACAUGGCAGGCACUUGGCACAUGUUCACGGCAGAGGCUGCACCUGCGUCGGACACGGACGAAGAAGGGAUCCAUUACUUCCACUACAAGUUCGGCACUCCACGCAGUGAGUGGAUGGAUUUUGGACCAGCGGAGCAUCGGCCGGAUAGUCACCCUAUCUAUGACAGUACUGUGAACGUCCCGACGUCGUUGCGCACUUCAUCGGGCUCGAUGCUGCCGGUGCACACGUUGGAGAUCAAGGUCCUGGAGUACUCCUUAGACCAGUACCGCGUUCACGGCUAUGGAACGAAACUGGAGUUUCGCCUUCUUUUAGACGGCGUGGAGAGGUGGUGGAACCCUCACACGGAACGCGGGACCUGGCUUUUGAGCAGCGGCAUAAAUCAGCUGGGCUUUUAUAUGACUGACCGCGGCAGCGGGAGGGGCGCUUAUCCCCUUCGCAUUCCGCUUCUGCCGCAACCCUCGGAGACGGAUAUUUGCGGCGACUUCCGAUACGAACUAGUCCGAACUCAGACGCAUUGUGCCGGGGAGCAUGAUGGCGAGACCAACAUCGGCGGACCCAACUGGCCUGGAGGAGAAGACGAUCACAUGAGCCGCCGCGCUUGCGCCGAAGCUUGCGAGGCGGAUGGGAACUGCAAUUAUUUCGCUUGGUUCGCAGACCACGGCUGUCGCACUUAUAGCGGGUGCCGCAACCCAGAGUUUACGAAAACAGCGCCACUGCGCGACAGCUUUCUCUGCCGAAACCGUCAGCGCAUGAUGGAGCACUUUAUUUGGAAAGAGCGCAAGACACCACAAGAAGCGCGCCAGCAGAGCUCAGCUCGUCGGUCCCUGCGGCAGACACGGUCAGAGAGCAAGCGACCCGCGAGGGAAAAGUCUGAGCCGACGCGAGUGCAGGCUUCCCCGGAGAGACCUACUAUGGCAAAGCGAGCAGAGAGACGGCGCAAGCUGAAGCACCAAACGCUUGCAGGAGUGUCGCCAACGGAAAUGCGCGCAUCUAUUUUGUUUCCGAGUCCCCUUGCAGUCGCUCAAAAGGGCUACGGGUUUUUAUUUCCUUCGAGUGGAAUGCCGGGUGAUGCAGAGCAGACCUUCGGCCGACAGAUGUGCGCUUCCACUAUUGGUUCUGCGGCGCGCCAACAAUUUGCAUGCGCUGUUAAUCCUUUGUGUACGAUGCUGCAGGGUGCGGGGGAUGAGGUGCGCACCUGUGUCGGCGCGUUCGAUGCGGCAAAUGUUGGCGACGGCAGCGGCUGGGUUUACCAGAAGGUUCCUACUGUAAAUAUGCAGGACUACCUCCUUGACGCUCUCACAGACGGCCGCUUCAGCAGCAGCGCGGCACAGGAACUAUCCGACGCUGAAGAACAACACGAGGAUGACGAGACCGACCAAAGGGAUGACAUGUACUUUCACGGAAGCGUGGAAGCUCUGCCAAAGCAUGUUGAGCGGAUGCAAAUCUUCGCUGAAAUGCUGAUGGCUUCAACCACAGCUGCCGCGGAAAAGACACAGCAUGAGCUUCCUCCGCAGGAGCACUUUCUUGAGAGUCUGCACGGACUAGCCUUCCUCGGUCCCCUGGCGUCCGCUAGCUCAGAGAUCACGGCGACCUCAACGCUCGGAGUAGCCUAUGAGAGCGCGCUGCGAGCAGCACUUCUGGGCGACGAGGAUGAGACCGCGGAGCACACGGCGCAACAUCCUGGGACAGUUGCAACGGUGCGCCCGCUUCUUUAUGGCUGCAUAUAUUGAGCCCUUCGCUUUCAGAAAUCAAACUGCUGUUGUUGUCCAUGUGAUAAAAGAACUCAGUGCAUAUUUAUAUAUAUUUGGAUGAUGUCUAAGGACGAGGCGUAAUCUACACGACAGAAAAUGUCAUCAUUUUUUUACUGAUGAGCAGCAGCUUCUAGUAACUCGGCACUUCCUUUACAACUAGGGCGCCGUCAGAUGCAUUUAUUUUACUCUAAUGCUUGCUCCAGUACCGCUGCCGUGCACAUGCUUCGCCAGAGCUCGUGGACAUUGUGACGGGUGAGACCGCAUUCAUCAAACUCGGCGCGACCUGCUGUUCAGGUUAAGGCUUGAGGAAAUCCAUCUUCCCCCUCAGGAACAUCUUGAGUAACUCCCUCGUUCUGAAGGGAAACCGAUCAUCAAGAUGCCCACCAAGACGGAGCAUCCUCAGUAUCAUCCUUGGUCCCUUUUUCGAGGGAAAAAUGGGGCCAGGGAUGGCCUUCGGGAUGCGACGCGACAGCUCUAAUCAGGGCUCGACUCCGCUUUUGGAUGUGACGAAAGUUUGUUCAACUCCCGCAAUCACAACGCUUACCGAGGCUGUCGCGACAGGACGCACUCGGGUCGCAAGUGCAUGGACUGUUAAGGAAAUAUAUGUAGUCACAUAUCCGUUCACUAUCAUAGCUUAUCUCUGCGGGCACUAGGGAUGGCGCUAUCAGGGAUACACGCGACAUGACCACUAUAGAGGCCAUUUGUUAUAAUGACGCUUUGCAGGAGGAGGAGUAUUUCAUAUCUAUAUGUACCAGGAAGGGAGGCCCCCCUUGUGGAUGGAGUGGGGGCUGCGUCCGCGCGCCCUUUUUUCCGCUGUAGUGACAUGUGAGGACUUUCGGGGGUGAAGGCCUCAAAAGGCGGAGCCGGAGUCCCCUGGCGGCUCUCCGCGUGUACCCCACAGGCGUCCUGACUCUUGGACCUUAUCAGGGGGACGGCCUCGGGGGGAAGAAGGCCGCCGAAGGCGGCCACGGUUGCGAGGCCUGGCCCCUUUGGCGCUCAUCCCGCCAAUUGGUGCCAAACGCCCUGGACGAUGAGGACCAGAGGCGAGUAGGAGGGGGGGCAAGGCGUGCCAGCCUGGUUUCUGUCGGUUACAUGCAACACGGCAAAAGGGGUCAAGCUUUGCCCACGGCGGCCCUCGGAGGCCGUCCAACUCCCAAGAAGCUCCCCCAGUGAGGAGCCCGCACGCGGGAGGCCUGUAGGAUACAUACAGCACGGCCUGGGAUGUCUGUAGGGUACAUGCAACACGGCAAGGAGGUCCGGCGCUACCACCUUUGCCACUUUCGGAAGCCUUCCACCCCCGGCCUUCGGUGCUUGCUUCAAGGGCCUCAGGGAUGGAGGCGCGCCUCCCUAAAAAAGUUAAGAUCGGGGGGGGCCUUCAGCCCUGACCCCUGGAGCAUAUGCUUACUCACAGGAGUUUUUUUCUUCACCAAAGAAUCUGGCGUAGGAAUAGAUGCAUCCCCAACACCAUGGCCGCUGGCUUGCUUCUAUUUUCCGCCCACAGGAAACAAAAGAACAAGGCCACGGGCCAUGAUGAUGAUGGUCUCUAGAAUGCGAGUGCGCGUGCGGUACCUCUAAGACAGGGAAACUGCGCUGCGUGGGGAGGAGGGGUCUCUGACGCCACUGGAACGGAGACAACCUGGCUAUGGGGAAGUGACAUGGGACGCGUACAGGCUGUCGGAGGUCUACCAAUGGAAUAGCGACAAUGCACGCUCAAAGCUUCGCGAUUAUGACAUCAGAACUUCGGAAUAUGCUCUGGACGGGCCCGGUGGCUCUGAAAAUCACUGUCGGCAGUUUCGCAACUGGGACGGCCGUGACUGGAGUCCGAACGACCUGCGAGACGGCGGACUCAUGUGGUGCUUCACAAAGGAGCAAGGCGCCGAUUUGUGGGCGUCAGCAAAGAAUGGACUGACGGACGGUGAGCGCAAUCCGUACUGGGAACAGUGCAUCGAUUAUCCGACCCUGACCACAGAACGUUAAGACGGAUAGCAUUUGAUUUAUUUUUCUACCCUAUAAUGUUAUGUAUUCUCUCGAGAUAAUCUAGUCCCCUUAGAACAAGUCAAAGGGGAAAACACACUCACGGACGAAUCAUUCAGCCAUGGAUGCUUCUAGAAAAACACCAGCGCUAAGAACGGGCCGCCGCACAAAGUACGCUACGAACCCGCUGCCACGAAAUUCCGGACAUCGCAGAGAGCUUUUGUGGCUGGCCAAGGGAGAAGUGGCUUCCGCGCAAUAAGUUGCAGAACAGGAUGUGCAGUUCCAAGUUGGCCCAGGAACACGGACAAUGCGAUCCGCGUUGGCACAAGACAUCUGAAGAUGGCUCUGGUGAUCUGGAAAAUUGCUGUGCAACGACCAGCGAGUGGAUUCAGCACACGAAUCUUGCUGAUGGUGCUGCGACUCGUCUUCCGGGGGACGCGGGCUACAUGAAAGAAUACAGUGGGAAACAAGAAUACACUAUUUUUAUGCUCAGUCUUUAUUCAUCUCUCAGGGCGUCUCUCAGGUAUCCCCUUUUCAUGUUCCCACGUUGGCUAUUUAGUCACAGGGAGGCAAGGCUCCUGCUAAAAUGAAGGAAACAGAAAGAUGAAUCAAAGCACUUGCUAACAUGUAUGGAAACAAGUGUGAGAACUGGGAUAAGUGGAAUACUAUCAAAGACGAUUUCGACGGCCGUUACUAUCCGGAGUACGAACAGCGCUGGACUAGCUAUCGCCACAAAUACUGUAGAAAUCCUUCGCGGUGGGGCGGCGGGCUAUGGUGCGUCGUAGCCGAGAAGGUCGCCGCAUCCGAGGCUGGUCCUGAAUACGCGCUUACCUCAGGUGAAACGACACGAGGCACUUGGUGGGAACCUUGCAACCAAAUGUGUGACGAAACCGUUUCGUUUGGUAACUUUAGCGAUUACCGUGGUUGCCAGCACUGGUCGCGAGGCGGCCACCUCUGCACAAAGUGGACGAAUCCUGAAAUUCUUGACCGGGGUGCUAAUUCCGGCCGCAUCGAUUACUCUUACGUGGGUGACCACAACUAUUGUCGCGAUGGUGGCUCGUUCGGCGUAUUAUGGUGCUGGCUGGUCGAUUCUACGGCUGGGUAUGGGAACAACGGAUGGGACCACUGCGAUCCUAGCCCAGAGGGUUGGACAGCGACCGAUUCGGAAUGGCACUUCCGAGAAUCUACAUUACGCCGCCAGCUUCAAUACCCAGGUGAAGAAGCGGAAGGGCCAAGUACUAAUUCGAGCAAAGACGAGUUGUUCACGGGGCUGCGAAGAUUACCUCCAGCCAAGAACUCCUUGGGGUCCUUGAUGAGAGGGACAGUUUCAGCACCGUCAAGCCGUACCCCAGCAGCGACUGCGCUCAUGGCUCAGCAAAUGAGGCGCGACGAAAGUAGUGCGCAGCGCGUCACGGGUUCGGGGGGUAAUAGCAUUUCGAAGCGGAACGACGUAGACGAAGAUGAGGCGUGGUACGAAGACGACGCUUUCCUCGACGAUGAAGGCGAGGACUCCGCUUCUGGUGGAGAAGAAGACUCAGAGGCGCGGCGAUUGUCUGCAGACUACCCUGACAGCAUUGAAUGCUCGGCGUUAAUCGUCAACAAGGACGACGCGCGCAAUGCACAGGCAGCCUGCCGUGUGAAGCAAGACCAGGCGUCAGCCUGGCGCACCGUCAACAAGUGCAAGUAUCAUCGGCAAGAGACCCUUGAGAGAACACUGGACCCCUCGGAACUUCCCAUUGGAUUUCGUCCGCGCGAUGGCGUGGUCUCUGAUAAGCGAAAAAUAAUAGAAGAGUGCGCACGUGAAUCCAAUGGGUGCUGCACUCAAGGUGCGCAAUACCCGGACAAAGCUGAUUACAUAGCGUACUGCGGUGCGGAUCAGCUGUCGGACUGCCAUUUUAGUGAUUGCUGCGCCCCAACGCUGCAGUGUGGGCAAGCGGCUUACCAGUUGCUCGAACAAUGCGAGGCGUUGGGCCGAAUCUUCGAUCCUUUGAGUCGAUGUUUUUCGUCGAAUCUCGCCUCUUGCUCGGUGCAAUCGUGCUGCGCGGAGCGAAAGCAAAUGACCUGCGGCGAUGCCAAAGCGAUACUAACGACACGUUUGCCUGGACGCAAGCAUCAUUAUGAGAGAGCCGCGGGAGUGAUACAGGACGCCGAGGCCCUGGAUGCUACCUCGGUGCACCACCAACAGUAUUCGCAAUUCUGGGAGGCGCUCAGCCCACUUUCAGCAGAUUUUCUGAGUUUACGAGAAGUGAGCUUUCCUGUGGCAACAUGGUGUGAAGGGAAGGUCAUCGAAACGGAGACCUUGUGCGGAGGGAACUUUCUUGGAAGCUGCUCCGAAGACAUUUGCUGCACCGCGUCAUUGCCCACGUGUCAGGAGCAGCGUGCAGAACUCGCAGAGCUCACGGGCGACAGCGAAGUUUGCAGUAGCUCUGGUUUCGACCCGAGUACGCAGGAAGAGGCUGUUCGAUCGCGGUUCGAUGGAGGGCACGUGUGCGCAACUUUCACUUGCACGAUUGGAGAGUGCUGCGUUGCAGAGCCAGCUGAGUGCUCCCUUUGUCGAUCGCGCGAGGGCGCAGAAACGUGCCUUGCCGUAAACACAACGAACCUUUUUUUGCCACUUCAGGUGUCCGCUAUAAUCGAAGAGGAGCGACACGAAUGCGCCUGCGCGGAGGGAUCGCGAGCUAUGGGGAACGACUUCUUUGCGCCUGCUAGUGUGGGCCUCUCCUCUUUUGUGCCUUACGACGAAGCGGUAUUCAACGAGGUGUCGGCUGUUGAAGCUGCGCCGCUUGUGCCUCCUGUACUUCGCAAGGACACGCAGUUGCGCCUUGGUCGCGAGUAUCGCAUGCGUAUUUUGGACCAGGGGUUGCUUGCAAACCCUUCCUUCGAGGCAGAGCCUGUGUGGCCGGGUGCGGUUGAUAACAGAAUGGUGAAGAGCUUCGGCGUGCUGGGCGCAUACUUGACUCCCAGUCUCUCGGUGACUUUGAACAACAACACGCUUCCCAAAGGAGCACUUGAUGGUCUGACUUUUCUCCACUUCGACGAAGGCGAGGCUCUUCAUGCGGAUAUUGUUCUUCCGCGAUCGUGGCAACAGCACUCCGAGAGCCUUAUCGGAGACAUUACAUCUCCGCAACUCUUGGAGAUUAGCUUCGCAGCGGCUCCGCGGGGCUCGGCUGAUGAUCAGCCUGAUAAGAUAUUGAAGGUGUCGGCGAUUUUGUUGGACGUUUUUGGGGAUGAGCCUGGCACAACGCUCGGCGAGUACUUUGUGCGCGGUACUGAAUACGUUGAGAACGUGUUUUGGUACAAAUUCGUUUUCGCUCUUCGGGUGCCGCCGCCUCCUACCAUACGUGGAAACGAGCAAGCAUUCGCGGAGUCACAGCGGGUGCGGCUCCGCAUUCUGCCGGAAGCAAAGUAUUUUUCUCUCGACCACCUUCACGUUCGCGGCGUUGACCAGCACUACGGCUUCCCCGUCAUGUUUGCAGGUGAACAUGGCGUUGGUAGGAAUUUUAAUAGCACAGGAGCGGCAACAAAGCAAAGUAGGAAACUGACUGUGGCCCAAGGGGGAGCUGUGGGGAAUAAAAGGCAGCAUCGUUCCUCAAGACUGCUGGACGGAGCAGGCCGAAACACUGAGCUGCGCUCACGCCCACACGCACACACAUGCGUGCCUGCCGCGACCGGGAACUACUCGCGCACUGUGGUUUCCGGUCUUACCCGUGUUGCUGCUCUCGCGGUUACAGAUGCGUCCCUAGCUAUUGGAACCAGUGCUGGCGCUGUUGGUGUCUACUAUCGACAUAGCGGUCUCUCGUGGUGCAGUCUUCACCGAGGAUCGUACACCUCGCUCGCAGGUUCAGCGGGAGGUGCAGACGACCAUGCGAGCGAAAGUAGCUAUCAUGAUGCUGGAGGAACGCGCCACCGGAGAUCACUGGCAGAGGGUCACGGUGCGCAAAUGGCGUCACGCUCGUUAGAGACAACAGUUCACACGGACCUUGGGCAUGCGAGUAUUGUGACGCUGCUAGCUGUCCCUGCCUCCCUCGGGAACGAGUUGAGCUUUGACAUCGCCUGGUAUUUGGCACUCACGAGCGACUCUCGAAUCUUUUCGCUUCCGUACUACCACGGCAACCAACAUCUUCAUGCUGGGUAUGGCCAGGACGAUCCUGCAGGCUCGAGUCGCAGAAGUGAGUCCAUUCCGCUAACGGCAAUCUCACCGCCGCGCUUGGUGGCCGUGGGCGCGGGUGAUCUCGUCCGCGUGCCAGGAACGUGGGAUCGAUUUCUGGUGGCAGAGACGAAGCAGAAUCGUAUCGUCGAGGUGGGGCUUCGAUCACUCUCGCGGCGUGUGCUGGCGGGAAAUGACCAGGUUGUUUCGCCGGAAGAUCUGAACACGCUCUGCCAACGCGCGGGGGUCGAGAUAGAACGGUCUGAUGCCGGUGCAGCACCUCCUGUGAUUGCGGCAUCGAGACAUGCGGUUCGCGUCCACGUGCGCACGAGCAUGGUCUUCAGAAACGGCAAGAUAUAUCCUGAGUGUUCGAGUUCGCUUUUCAAUGACAAUGCGUUGACGAGUUGGCUUGCGCCAACGAGCGAAGUAUAUCAUGGGUCAAACCACGCCAGAGCCGGUGGUGCGCGCUGCUUUUUCCGACCCUCCAACACGACACGCGAUAUUUUAAACUACGAGGAUGCGCACGCCGCGAGCAGCGAUUCCGGCGGAUACGAAGUGCUACCUCUGCAAGAGGACGGGUUGGUUCACACGAUCGUGCUCGAGAGUGACGAGAGCGGUUUCUUAAAACCUUGGGCGCAUUCCAAUGACUCCCCUCAUGCGGUUUACCUAGUAGAUGAUCCAGUGUGUGGCGGGGCAACAGCAGCUGAAGACGAAAAAUGUACAAGCAUGAGCGGUCGCUACACGCCGUUCUCGAUGGCGUCGGGUAGCAGCGACGGGAAAAAAGCGAUAUUGAACUGCCUCUCCCCAGAAUUGUGUGAGGAUUAUCUACGAAUGGUUGGCUUCGGGGCGAGCUUGCGAGCGGACGCCGCUUCGGUAUUCAGCGGGAACUUCGACGACUUGCGCGACACUCUGCCGACAAGGGAGACUUACUUAGCUUUGGCGGCAGAUCGCUCGUACGUCUACGAAACGCCGACGCAAGAGGCGAAGCUGGUGCGCUGCGAAACGAAGCACUUUGCAUGGCCCAAUCAGGUGGUGAAUGACCAUUCCGAGUCGACUCCGAGCAUUAUUGUCGCGCCAAGCCAGCCCCGCGGCCUGGCGGUGCUAGGGUCUUACGUGUACGCGGCUGAACAUGCAGCGCACCGCGUGUCGCGUUGGUGCCUCGACGGCUCGAAGCCGACGGAAGGGAUUGUCAUCUUCGGGAAUUCUUUCCAGAAUAAACUUAUCGAUGCGCAGACCGGCAGUGUGGACUUCCUUGGUGAGUACCAGUUGAUCCGAGAGGCGUACUACGAUGAUGCGACGGGCGUGGACGUGCCUGCACAAUACAAUUACAAGAAGACCCGCUACCUGUUUUAUCCGACCGGGAUCACCGUUCACAACGGGCUUUUGUGGGUUAGCGACGCCGGCAACAGCCGCAUUCUGCGGCUGGCGGUUCCGGGCGAAAACUGGGCUGAUGUGCGUAUGGAUGGCGUGGCGCAAGGUGGUGAGGCAGCUAUCAACUUUGCAGUCACAGUUUUCGGUGGGGACGGCUUCAAGGGUGAGGGGCUAAGACUUCUCAACUAUCCUAUCGCGCUUCAGUUUCAGCCGGGCAAAGCUGACACUCUGUAUGUAGCGGACAGUGGUUACGACCGCAUCCUACAAGUCGCGCUCAAGGUGUGCGCUAGUGGCGUUUGUGGCGAGUACGACUCUCGCACAGGUUCGCGCGUUUUUGCCAAUGAAUGCGUCGAGUUGUCUGGUGAGCUUUCCGCCGGCGCAAGUGCGCGCCACACUCGCGGCACCCUCCAGUACGAUUGCCACUGUGGCGAUGAGGAUUACGAGUACGGAUAUUACGACCAUCCGGGCAUUGUUGGAAGCAAGAACGUGUCCGAAUUCGCGUCGAAGCUUUUUGGCCGAGAUGCACUUACUUACGAGGAGGGAACAUUUUUACAAACCGUCCGGUAUCCGACAUGUCGACGAAAAAGCAUCUGUGCACUGCAUCCCCCAGUUUGCGGUGGUGAUAUUGCCAACCAUGCGGAGGUCUGUGAGGUCACGCAGUUCGAGACCGACGCCUACGUUUGCCACUGUGAUCGUGCACUAGCGGUCGGUGAUAUUGGGGGGUCAGGUAGCAGCAGCGUGAUGUUCCGGCGCUUGGGAGACAGCAUGGGAACUGACGAGACAUGUGUGCCAGUACUAGGGAGCGCACAGGCCUUCGACGCUGCGACUGAGAGUAGUGCUGACAGAAACCACUAUCGCAAGUUAGACUCAGCGUCAGCCUCCUGGGCAGUGCAAGCCAAGGCACGCAUCAAGCAGACGAGUGGGAAGGCUGUGAUGCAGCAGGUCGUCGACAUGGAGAGCGCGAAGUUGAGAACGGUGCUGAAGAGCGUCUUGGCUGCACGUCCUCAGAGUGAAGAUGGAACGCCGCCACCACUAAACGGAGACGUUACUUUUUUGCAGAGUGUCUUUAUCGACCAGCGCACGCAGUCACUGUACGCUAUUGACGGCGGGCUCUGGCACGAAAAAACCCCUGGUUUCAUGUCCGGAAUUGUCUUGAACGCUGCUCGGCUGGUCAGACAGCCGCUGAGCCUCAGUGGGCUGCUUUCGCGGAACGCAGACGACCCGCCACUGGAGAUUGAGGCCGCAGGCCGAGAGGUGGAACACCCUUACUCCGGUGUAGACGGCUACGCAGCUACUCUCUACUACGACGAAAAGGCUGACAGGGAGUGGGCUUAUUUCGUCGACGCCCCGUUUGCCACCGGUGGGGACUUUUCCUCUUGGUCGAUCAAGGUUCGUAGAGUCGACAAACCGAGAAAGAAUCUAAGGCGUCGAGGACGUUCGAGUGAAGCGCCGGCAACGCAUGAGCCGGCGCUGCCGAUUACUCUGGACGUUUCCGCUGCGGACGCCGCGGAGCCUUUCACCUGCUCGCUUCCGCCACGGAGGCUCGAAGUGGACCCGCGCGGCAAGUAUUUGUACUUUCACUGCCCCGCAGAAGGACGGAUGGGUCGCAUUGCCCUACCCUCCGGUGGGAAUGUGCAGUGGUUGGAGCCAGUAGCAGUGUUGCGAGAAGAGAUGACACAUGAUUCAAUGCCGGGUAUGUGGAACACGACGGGAGACGCAGGAGGUUGGAUGGACGAGAGUCAUGAGAUGGGACAAGCUCCGGCUGACCUUCGUCACACGAGCGUUGCGAAAAAGCUGCUACCGCAUUUCUGUGUAACUGAAAUGGGCAUUGUUAUUACAGAGGGCGAAAGUGAGGCGGACCUCCUUGCAGCCGAGAACGCUUCGAAUAACCAUGGAGGAGAGAAAGCAAAGUUGCCGUGGUUCUCUAUUGGUUUCUCCCUCCACGGGACUGAGCAAGGUGCAACAGUGAGUCCGGACUUUCUAAAAGAGGACUGGGAGCUGAGUUCCCGAGAGGAGCAGACCCUGCGCAUUCCCCUACGCCGGUUUUCGUUGAAUGGCGGGAACCGCACGGGCUACGCUCUCGCUGACGGCGCAGCAGCGACAGACUACAGCUACAACACUGGUUCUCACAGCAAAAGCCUGGAGAAUUUGCUAGGAGAUCACCGUGUCGAAGGACGGGAGCUAGUUGGAAUGACGUGCCACAAUGGCGCCUUUUUUACUGUGGAGCGCAUUUUUGCGUGCGACGAAAAUGACGGAGGCGUGCGCGUUUUGCUUGACACAGUGGCUGUGCGUCGUUCGUCCGAUGGUGCAGCCAAGGUCAUUUACUACGAGUCGGACUUUCCAGAGAGUGCAAAAGUGCAGCACUCGCGCAAGCUGCUUGUGGAUCGGCGUGGUGGUUUUUACGCCGUCACGCAACGGCGUACGCCAAGCUUAACCGAGCCGAUGGCUUCGGUGAAGUCGUUUUUCGCAGCUGAUCCGUGUUUAGAUCUUCCGUGCGGGGAGUUUGAUCACAUCACAACUGCAGGAAGGAGAACCAACCGCUGCGCGCGCCUUCGUCGUGGACGGCAUCAGGCUCAAUAUUCUGCUGCUGGAGAAAACUUUACGGAUCGCGGAUUUGAAGGGGAAGGCAUGCCAGUACCCAUGGACGCGCGCGACCUCAUUCACGCUGUCAACGAGAGCCGUGAUGGACGUCCACCAGGAGUGCUUCCGGCAGAGGUGGAGGCUUGGGAGUCAGCUAGUUUGGCGGAAGCGCGCUGGGGUUACACGUGCCUCUGCGACGAAUCGCGAGGCUUUUAUCGGGCGGUUGUGAACCACCGGGUAACAUGCGUUUUCAGACCGUGCGCAAAGAAUCCCUGCGGCGCAGGUGGUGCGUGCGUGCCAACAGCGCCAGCUGCAUGGAUGCACAAAAGCGAGGACGCAGAUGAGGUGCCACCGGUCGAUGAUGGGUACAUCAACGUGGAUGCCCGGCGUCCUCUAGGAGAAGUUUUCGCAAUUGAAGGAAGCGAGGACAAAUGGCCACUGGCUGCUUUGUACAACUGCAUUUGCGAUGCAAACCAAGGCUACGUCCAAUAUCAAGUCGGUGACGCCAUUAGUGGACGCGCACCUCGUCAAGCCAGUCCUGGUUUUCGUGCCGGGCCAGCUCCCUUUCCUAGUCCGGCGCUGGGCGUGGCGGUAGGUUAUACAAAUUACGCGCCUUCCCCCGUACCUGCUCCUGCUGAGCAAGGGUAUGGUGCGUACCGCUCUCGCCGGAGUCUCGCCCAUCACGAUGUCGCGCACCACAGUGAGCACGGCGUUGCCGAUGAUGGCGACGUCAACGACACUGAGGCAAGCACACGACGGAGAGAGACAAGGCGACGCUUUGACUCGCAGCGGAUUCAAAAGUUUUGCCAGAGAGUGCUUUCGCCAAUGUCCGUCGCUUCAUGGCACCUGGAUGAGACAGGUAUGGGUUUGGCUCUCGAGAACUCGUGGACGAGUGCAGGCAACGCCACGACCACGUUUGCUCCGGAGGUUUGGGCUCUGCGCAUGAGCAAGAACUGGGCGUCGGAUUCGGCGGGCGCAGUUGAAGACUUGGCGCAGCUGACGCGCUAUCGCUGGUCCGGUGCCGACGACAAGGCGCUGUGGGGUUCCACAGUAUGGGACGGAGCGCGAGGUGGGUACACACAGAUGCCGCCCUUGCUCGAAAAACAAAAGCUGCUUGCGGAGCCAGGUACACAGUUCGCCGCGUACAACCAAUCCAGGCGAGUCGUGUUAAUUGACGGGCUGGAUUUCGUGGGGCAGGCCAAAUCGGGCGAUGAUCUGGUUCGGCAAUUCGCCAGCCGUCCCGCGGCAAUGACGGCAGCGGACAUCCCGGAUCGCCUGCGUUUGUCCAUUCUUUUCCACGUGGCAGAGGACCUGCGAAGAAAUUUCAAAGACUGGAGUGUGGGUCUCCACGCUGAUCUCGCCGAUGGAAAUGCGAGAGACUUUUCUGGAAGCGUGCUCAGUACUGCUAAGGAGGUGGACAUACACUCUUCUGCAGCUUUGGGCUUAGUGGACAUGGUCUUGGGAGAACUAGAGAGAACGUUUCCGAGGAAGGUACUACUGGUCGCGGAUCACCAGACGGUGAAAGUGGUUUUAAGGGAAGACUACAGCGCGGUGGAUGUGCCAGGCUUCGACGCCGAAGAAACGGAAAACGAGGGGAAGUCUCUACAAUUUGUGAUGGAAUUGGUGCCGCCUCCGGAAUACGCGGUGGACGUGACUACAGGGAACGGCUUCUCGUCAGAAAUUGACCAUUGGGAUGCCUCUCUGAAAGAAAGCUACUGGGGUAUUACAAGCGCAAACAUUAUAUCGCAGUUGCGCCUCUCGUCUCCCGGCGCUUGUCGUGAUGAGGAGUUCAGCAUGUUGCAACAGCGUGCCCACGACCACGGGUUUGUCGGCAGCAACGUGUCAACAUCGGGAAGUGAUCCAUCAGUCAUAGAGCUGCGGGGAGAUCUCUCAAAGCAGCAGAGCUUGGGAGCUCUCUACGCACUUUACACUUCAGGUCGUAUGCGUCGUUGGGACCUGGAAAAGCUCUGGUCAACGAUGGCCACCAAAAUGCUCCACGGCAUCGUGUUUCGUGUGGUGACUAACGACUAUGGCGGUAUAGCGUAUGCGCCUGGUUUUUUUGCUGCCUACGUGAGCAGCAGCUCCACGGCCAGCUUCUUCAUAAGAGAGAGUAGCGGCAGCAGCAACUCGACGUAUUACGACGGGCCCCACACUGCUUCUUCUGUCUUUUUCGAAGACCAGUACGCUGGGACAGAGCGCGACGUUCCAGUAGACUUCGUAUUGCUCGAUGAAGGGCGCCGCAUUUUGGCACUAUUUGCGAAUACACAAGAGGUGCGCGAGUACGAAACAUCUCGGGUCUUCAAGGAAGAGCACAAGGCGGCGGCUCGUCCGGCAGCAGGGGGGUACUACGCAUUGAGAAAAUUGCGAAAGAUCGGCGCGCCUCAGUCUCAGUGCGACGUCGACGCAGCUGCCUGUGGCGCUCAGUUGGAAAGGCACGCACGCACAUUAGCAGCAGGCGGGGGAACCGAUUUACCGCCUAAGCCCGUAGUUGUCUGGAAGCCACCAUCUUGGGACACUGGUCGGAGGAUGCGACUCGAGGUUCACAACGGGUGGCUCUAUAUUUUGGCGCCCCUCGAAAGUGGCGACGGGUCCAUCGAGCGCGUGCCUCUGCUCUCCCUGGGGUCCUAUGGUAUGGACGCACGUGAGAAUCUCCUCGAUCGGGUGCGAAUGUAUGGCAACCAGGUGUCCUGGAACCGGACGCUAAGGGCACGACGUCAAUCUCUCAAUACUACGGAGGACUCUGGUUUCCUGGAACCGCAAGAAAAUUCGGAGAACACGAUUUGGGGUAAAGGGCUUGCACUUGCGAAGUUACCGGUUGUGGGCGCAGGAUCUGGUAGCGCCUUCGAUGUGUCGAGCCUUCAGACCCGCGUAGAGCAGAUGCCACAGGUUACUGCAACCGAUGCGUACAGGGGAGAAACUUAUGUCCCUUUCCCGGAAUCCAAUGGACGCGCCACGGACCCGGGUAGCGUUUUCAUGCAGUACGUCGGCGCGGGCAUGUGCAAGGAUGUGAGCAGUGGAGUGGCUGUGAUGCCACACGAUUACUUGCACGGCCUCGUCGCAUGGACAGAGGAGCAGCAUCUUGCGUUCGCGGAGAGAACCGAAGCAGCUACACGACUGUGUUUGGGAGAGGCUGACUGCAGUGGUCUCAUGACAUCCGAGAAGAAAAAAAUCUUUUUCCUGUACGAAGGAAGGACUAUGAUAUUUUCUCCGCUCUCUGAGGCGCGCCCAGCGAAUAUGCAGUACCUUGGUUUCGGCAGGGCUUACCUGGAGGGCAUAGCGGAUGAUGUGUGGCAUCACGACGGUACGACAAGCCCAGGAAAAUUGAGGGUGUUCAAGAGACUCGCGGAGAGCGACGUCCCGACCAAUGUAGGAGGAAAUCCUCCGAGUACCUGGGAGCGGGGCGAGGUCGGCCUUCACUUCGCGUACCUAGGAGUCGGCGAAUCCGAGAUUGUGGCGCCCGACGGCGUUGAGAAAAACUCCUUUGGGAGAACUAGAAGCCGGAAAUGCACGAUCACAUCUGCAGUGCAUUUCGCAGCGGAUGGCUGUUUGGAGGCGGAGCGACUCUGCGUUGCGCGCCCGGACUGUUUUGGGUUUCUAUUACGUCACGGGGCGACUGGCACAUACGAGCUUUAUCUCAGUGACCAAGGCCAUUCGCUAGAGAGUGCAGGUGGGCACUCGCUCAAGACGAGGGAUCAAUAUCAGUGCUUCCGAAAGCAAACGCAGGCGCGUCAAUGCGCUUUCAAGGUCGGCGACGACUGCUCGAUCUCUAAUUGCUGCAGCGGGCUCGGGACUGCGUGCGUGCUCAAUUCAGGGAACAACAAAAAAAUCUGUUUGCGCCUUACGCCGUCGUAUCUGGCAGGGCCGCCGGGCAAAGCCCGCCGUACAGAGUCAUUCGUCCUUGCAGUGUUGAACCGUCCUGAUCUGACUUCAUCUCCAUACUAUAACAGUGAUCGACACGAAGGGAGAGGAGAGCGGCACUCGUCUGGGCUGAGAAGCCGCACGGUUGCAGUUCGCGAGUAUUUGGGCGUUGGGCUUGCGGCGGCUUCAAUACUUGGGACUCCGGAAACGCUUCGAUCAGUCGCUCCGCGAUAUCUGUAUGCAAUGUCUGGGUGUCUCAGAGUCUACAACGGCUGUGCAAAUGGAGCUACAUCGUGUUGGGCCCACUUAGCUGGCACAAGGACGCAAGCGCAGUGCGAGCAGGAGUGCAGCCAGCGGCCCUCGUGUUUUGCCAUAACCACUCGGUGGGAAAGCAGUGACACGGAUGGAGACAGUCUUGCUACGCUUUGCACGCAUUACACAACGUCUCGCGUUGGCGAUUCGCAAAUAAGGGGCUCCGCGGUAAAUGGGUGCCCUCAAUCUGAUGAAGAAAACUUGCGAGUCAUGUUCAAGCCCUCGAAGGUGGGUGCGAGAAAUUGUGGCGAAAUUUGGCAGGAGCAAGCGCGCGGGGCGCACAUGACAUUUGAAGGUAAUUCACUCAGCUCUGCUGACUCCAGUUCGCUUUUCAAACAAAGGAAGGAUAGCGGCAGCCCGCUAGAUGCACUCCGUUCGGUGCAGGACCUGUGCGGGCGCUAUGCGCCGCCGCAUUGGAAUAACUUGGAUUCCGACUCAGGUGCCCAAAAGCCUUUGCCGUCAACUGAGGACUCUGAGGGUGAUGCACUUUUUGGUCUUCGCGGACGUAUCAACGGGGGAGUUCCGGCGGAGCGCGAGGCGGGGAGGCCUUUUUAUGUGUGGAAGCAUGAUGCGUUUUGCUCUCUCGGAAGGCAUACCCUGCAAGAUUGUGCGGCGGUGGUGGGCUACGACUGGAACGAUUCAGGUGGCUGCUGUGCGCUCGCGGGAACGCAAAACAACUCGUGGAUGUCUCGUGAAAGUUCAGGCGCUCUCGUGCAGGAUUGUGCGGCAGCGAUUGGGGACGACUGCACUGUAUCACAGUGUUGCGCCCACCCGGGGAGCGUGUGCCAGCGGGGUGUUUCGGGGAGGUUUUCCAAAUGCGUUUCGCUGGACGUCGAGUACGGCCUUGCGGCUGAUGCGUCGUCUGUACAGGUCUCGCCUGUUCACGACGAGUACCACGGACUCUUGGAGCAAGUGCAAGAUGCGUCAGCGAGCACGGAAUCAGAGUCGAGUGAUCUUGCUUAUGCCUCAGUGAGAAACGUAAACCACUUAGUGGUGAAGGUGGAGCCUCUUUCUUUCGACCUGCCGCCGCGAGGAGCGGCGCUCGAUUUCGUGUAUGCCUUUUUUGGCUGUCCAAGGUCUCAAUUCUCAAACAGCCCCCCGGGCUGGCGGGAAAAGGCUGCGCACACCUUGGCCACUGCAUUGUCACCGACCGAAUGCGAAGAGCUGUGCGCAGAAACGCCAGACUGCUAUAUGUACCACGCACAAGGGCAUGCCGGAGACGGUCCUGACGCGGCCAGUUGGCGCGGAGCUUGCUACAACUACUUGCUGGAUGAUCUGGGUGACAGCCCUGGUGAUUCUAUCAAAAUACAAAAUGCGGAGCAGCCAGAGCUCGACAUUUUAGAAACUCUACGGCAAAGCCCUGUAGGUGGCUGCGGCGAAGAGGAUGGGCGGAAUUACAUAAAGGCGAAGUUUCUGGCUCCGCAUAAGCUGCAAGAAAUGGUCGAGGUACAGAGACAAUCGCGGUACUUGCAUCUAUUUGAUGGGUGCCCGAGUCUUGCGGAUACGCAGCUACUAUUUCGUGAGGGCUCGAUCGCACACGGCGACGAGGGUAGCGCGGAGCUUCUCUUGUAUGGGGAGUAUGUGCUGUUACCGGAAUGCGAAGCCGCCUGUGAUGCACGCAAUAACUGCUACGGCAUUUUUGUAGAGGGCCUUCACGCAGUGCCAUGGUCGAUUCGCAGAAACUUUGUACCCGCGCCUUGCAAAUUGUUGAUGCAGACUCCUGAGCUGGGUACCAUAAAAGACUUCUCGGAAGUGCUUGCUAAUGUGGGCGACUGCAAAAUGGUGAAUAGCAACGCGCGCACAUUGUUGAGGCCAUCGGUAGCGGGUCGCAGGAAGUGUGGUGAUAUUGAUCCGCUGGAAGCCUAUGCCCUGAACAGCACGUCAGGUGAAAGUUCUGAUGGCACGGAAGACGGAUUGUGGGGUGGCAUAGCUCAGCUGCGUGGCGACACGCCGGCGCUUUACGCUUCGCUCCCGAAGAACGAGAGUGCCAAGCUCGCGCAGGCAGCAGGCCUGAUCAUGUACGAUGGACAUGCUCCACAUGUCAAGGUGGUUAAUGUGGACCGGAACUCUCUUGUUGACAACCUUUGUGCCAAUGCGCACUCUGCGCGCGGCGCUGGCGGCAAAGAUCGGGCUCAUCGAGACAGGCUUUACGUGUGGGACCCUGACGCGUUCUGCGGGUUUGCACCAUUUGAUGCGAUGAGCUGCGCACGGCCCUCUUGGACACAGCCGUGGGGCCGCGGGGAUAUCGCUGGGCGGCCUAAUGGGGAGGGUGGGGGCUGCUGCGCGCUCAUCGGCACGCGGCCGCUUCCGUGUGCGUCCUUUCGGCGGGACCACAGCGAAGCACGCCUCGACGCGGCCUGCGCCGACGUUGGCUUCGGAAGUACUGCGAAGUGGGCAGACACGUCUCUGGGGUCCACUCCGGGUGUUGAAUCGAAGAGCAAACCACAAGUGUCGCUCAUGUGUUCACUGAAUUUUGGGACACUGCGCGACUGUGCUGUCUCGGAGACUGUGGGUGGUUGCUGCCGUGCGGAGCUGCUCUCCGAAGUUGUAAUGGGCUCCACAGUUCGCGGUGCGCACGGAGAAGGGCUCGCUGUGACGCGUCCUGCCAAUCUCGUGUUCGCGCCUGAUGCGGCUCUCUGGAUCAUGAUGGGCCGGAGAACCUACCUGGCAGUGCGUGCGGCGGCCUCCGCUGGUCAGUCGGCGGAGCGCCACGAGCACCUAAGCAAAAUGUACCUAUUCCCUUGCGCUGAUUUCCCAUGCGGGGAAUUCGACUCCGAAACUGGUGUGCGCUACCAUGGGAACCGUUGUCGCGUGCGAGACGAUGCAGACGCGCUGGACUCCAUUUUCGGAAAAAUGAGCAAGAGCCCAGGUCCACGACGACAGCUUGUUGGUGUGACGCCUCAUAUGCAGGGCAGCGACAACUACACGACCAGGCAACGAACAAGCUCUGACAUGUUAUCCGAAAUCAGUGUGCAUUCCUCGUACAAUUGUGCCUGCGAAGAGCCUGGCUUCGUGCUUGGAUUUAGGCGAGGAUCUCGCAGUCUGCCGACGUGCCUCUCGCCGUGCGAAGCAACGGACGCUCCAGACUGUGCGAGGACUGGGCGCGUUUGCCGCGUGCGACGCGGUUUUAGAACUAUAGGCGGGGCACGCAGGCGUGGCCUUCUCGCUGCCGCUUAUGCCGAGUGUGUUUGUCCGGACCGUCAACCUCUGGGUGGGCAGCCCGGCGCGGAGUGGAUUUUCAGCGAAUCGGCGCAGACAUGCGUCCCCCUCACAUGUGGUCAAGCAGACACAGUGGCCGACUUUCUAAGCGGAAAGUUGCAAUACUCCCCGCAUGCCGGACUAGCGCAAUUUAGCAAAGACGGUGACCUCGAGUCUGCUGGACCUAUGCAACGGGAAUGCGAGGAGCGUUGGGAGGGGGUCUUUCAUCCAGGGAAGACGCUCGUCCUCACUCAGAGCAGCGGACUUUCUCCGAGUGAGUCAUUUCUCGGAGGAAAGCGGGUCGCGGUGCAUAAUUGCUGCACGGCGAGGCGCAAGUGUGCACACGCAGACUCGGGACUGCGGAACUUUUGCAUACGUGAAAAGCGUCGAGAAUUCGUUCCUGGCUGGCUUUGUAACGGCGCGUCGCAAGAAUCCUGCACACUGGAAACAUGUUGUCGGGAGUCUCCACGGACAUGUGGACGCGGUUCGUGGGCAGAGAAAAUUCGGGAGCAGUGUGCAGAAGAGAGCGUGCAUGGCGGUCCUAACUCGGCUCUCUCGAACUCUUCGCGAGCUCUGGUGCGCCUGCCAUUUGACGAGAAUGCCCUUUGUUCCCACAAUCACUAUUGCUCGAUGGACGCUUGCUGUCCGUUAAACGCGACGGAAGUAGUAGAGCCGCCUAUCAUGACAUGUGGCGAAGCGCACGAUCGACGGGGACUAACGUGUCCGCAGGAGGGCUUUGAUUUUCUGCCUUCGCAGGGACCAGAUGCGGACGGCCAUUUCAGCGUCAGGUGGUGCUGCGCAGAGCGGGAGCGCUGCGUUACUGGGAUGGAUUAUUACUUCAUGUGCCCCGCGGGAAAGCGACGCACCGAGAAUCCGGAUCAAUAUUGUGGGGACAGCCAAGAUUCCAAGUUUCCCUGCGACGUGCAGCAUUGCUGUGUCGAAGAUACAUCCUGUGGAACCGCGUUCAUGAACGAGACCGCAGCUGCGGAGAUAAGUCUGCAGUGCGAACUUUUUGGUGGUUUCUUCAACCCAAGCGCUCCGUGCCACAGCGUGCAGAGUGAAAGUUUUUCACUUCUGCCUUCGCAUGGCCGAGAAUGCGAUGUGCUCAAUUGUUGCGGGCUCAACGCUCGAAGCGAAGCCUUAGGGCACCACGAGAAGAGUGUGUUGUCAAUGGCAGGCGUCUUUCAGGGUGUCGCUCCAACGGCUUACGAGUCUGUUUCUUCAGACAGUGGAGCGGUGUCGCUGAUUGGGCGACUUACUGCAGAGGUGACGGCUGACGGCGACUCCUUUGUAUGCACGCAUGCGGGACUCGGGAAGCAGCGUGGAAUAAGCGACCACACUGGCGUUGCAGUGGCCUCCCAGCAGUGGGCGGUUGACCGAGAUGUGGUCUGGCAGUGGGUACCCGAGGCUGAAAGCUAUGCAUUUGAAGCGCCUGCUGCAUUCUUCGAGGAGCAACUGUGUCUUCGCGCCUGCCUCGUCAUGGCCGAUAACCACUUCUGCGAGGAGGUCUUGUUCAUUCGAAACGUGACUUUGAGCGGUAUGCAUGUAUCCUUUUGCGUUCCCUUCGUUGGUGUCUGCACUGAAGCAGACGUCACGCUCACUGCAAACAGCGGCGCAACAAGUGUGGCGCUUACUUUCGAACCAGCGUCGCUACUGGGAUCAGCGGGAGGAGGGUAUCGCCGUUGGCGGUUGAAUGUUCCAGAGUAUUUGAGAAAAACCACCUUCAGGAGAGAUACUGGCAGCAUCGAGCGGAUGUUUCCUCGCUCAUACGCAGACGAGGGCUUCAGGCACCUGAAGUGUAAAACUAUAGACGUGAACCUCAACGACAACGGUGGCUAUAGGGACCUGGGGAGUGUUAGAUCCAUCACGACCCUUGGCUACUCGUUUUGGAAAGCCCUCCGGAGGAAUGAAACCACAGGUAUUCGGAUGUACUUAGACAACAACCUGGUACUGAAUCAACUAUGCGAAGGGGCCGGAGUGCUGGCUGGUGGAGCCCCGGCCAAUUUUUAUCACGCUGGGGGGCAUACUGCCGGCAGCCUCGUCACAGAGGGGAUAUGGCCAGCAUUGGAGCAAUGGCUCGACCUCGAGUUGCCUCUCACGGACCCAGGAACAGCGAGACAAUUGCACACGGAAAGAGGGCUCACUUCGGGAGGCACAGGAGGAUCAGCUACAGUUACAGGUGAGGUGAGGGCGGACAGCUUCAGCGCUUUCUACGAACGGCGUCUGGGUGUUCCAUGUGAAGCAAUCGACGGAACUGUAAUGACGACACAGCUUAGCGAUGCCGUCGACAGUGAGAGAGGCUGUGCAGAGUUGUGCACGACGUAUGUCUUGCGUAGUUACGAGACUCAGCCAGCACUCUGCUUCGGCUACGAGUACCGCUUCUCAUCGCAUAAGUGUGUAUUGCACCACGACAUCCUGGUAAGCAGCAGCAGCAAAGCAGCACAUGAGCGUAGAUACCACCAUGAAAUGUCCGGUCCGCCGGCGACGGUGGGCAAGGCUCCAGCCAACUCACCAGGUGCUUACGUUCCGCCCCCAGGGAGCGACGAUGAUUACGGUUUACUUCUCCUAUUGAUUCAUCUUGAGAGGUGGCAUCUUUGCCGUGUUUUCAAGCGGAAAAGAGUGCGCAAAGAUGUAAUUCAAGAAGGUGAAUAUCCGUUGUAGGGUCUAAAAAGGUGUCGUUUGCGGAGCGGUCCCAGAGCUUCAUUGGAAUGAUGCACACAGACACUUCUAUGAAGCAGCGCGGCUCAUCCACGCAGACGCUCAUUUGGGAUUGCGACUCGCGCGUGACGCGGCCGUUCCUGGCCACGCUGGCGACAACGGAAUCUGGCGCAAGUCCUCGUCGGAAGUCGGAGACUUUUACAUUGCUGGGGGUUCGGAGUGUGAUCGCGGUGGCGUUCCCAUAGAGAGCUUUGAUUUGUGCAAGCAGAUUGUAGAGGAGAGCCUUGGCUUAUCCCGAGUUGGCAAUGCUUUUGAACUCGGAAACUCGCCAUAUUGCGGGAAGGGAAAGAAAGCGAAUACGUGGGGCCGGUAUAUGGAGGUGCCCUUCGGAUGCUCAGUGCGCUUCCAGCCUGAUGCUCAGGGGAGGGACACGUACAAGGUGUCCGCAAUGCAUUUCCGCAAAGGAGGGAUGCCGGCGAACGGCAUGGAUGAGAAUGGACGUGACUUUAAGGCUGCCUGUACAAUAAAUUCACUUUGGAGUCGUUCGUAAGAAGCAUCCGUGAGCAUUCCUUGGUCUAUUCUAGAGAGAGGUAGAAAUAACUUGCGAAGGAUGCUGACUUUAAUCAAGAAGAUGAAUUGGGACUUACAGUAUUAAUUAGGUCUUCUAAUGAGCGCACUCGUCUCGCGAAAAUGGUCACAUCCAUGGUCGUUUCUGGCGAAGUGACCUCCAUGGUCGAUGACGAUGGAGUAGUCGUCGAAACGCUGGACCCAACGUCCUACAGCUACCCGCACCGCGCCGUCUGCAGCUUCGUCACAUCGAGCCCGGUGACCAAAGCCUGCGCGGUGCCGGAGUUUCCCCGUGUGAUUAUUGGCGCCAGUGGAGCGCCUACGAGUAGAACGCUGCGCCGCAUCCGCGACGUUUCUUCCGCGAGUCAUUGCGCAGCACUCUGCGGCUUCACGGGCGGGUGUCAAAGUUACGUCUACGCGUUUGAAGAACCAGGGAAUUAUCUGGAGCAGGAUUUCCUUGAGCCAGAGAUGGAUCUCCUCCCACCGGCAGACCAAGGAGCGGGCGGGGCGAGUGUACACGGUGAAGGGGCGCUCUGGUGCCAAGAUGGUGAUGCGUGUCCUCUCGCAGUUCACGACUGCCUCUUGAAGGAGUUUCUCCCGGGCGUGCGAUUUGAUGUCACGAACAGCGUCGGUCACGCUGGGAUUGUGAGCGGAUUGCCGUGUCUUUUGCCGGUCUCUCGUUGGCAAGCGCGGCCGCCGCGUCCUGUCUACGAGCACUACCUUCAGCGGCUGUUAGCCAACGCGCCUUCGGCGACCAACGGAGGUGGACAGGAACCGUAUCUCGAUGGGCUAGCGAGUCAAGUCGAGGGAAAGUUGCAUCGGCUCCAAUAUGAUCAGCGUUGGCCAGAGUACGAGUACAUGGGGUGCUGGGGGUGGCAACAGAACGACCCGUUCAUGGACGAUCCACCAAAUCCGGAGUUCGGUGUGGUGCCCUACGCGUACACCUUGUCCUCGGCAGCGCAGGACUCAUUUCGUUCGUGCUCCCUGCGCUGUUUUGAGGGCAACUAUGCUUUCUUCGCCUUCAGGCAAGGCUCGAUUUGCUUGUGUGGGCACGCCGGCACGGGGGAUGACGGGUCAGACACGUAUCAAAAGUUUGGUGUGUACUAUGACGACUGCGAGACUGCGUGUACGAUUACGUCACUCGAGCAUCUUUCGUACAAGUGUGGGGGCAUGGACAGAAUGAGCGUGUACCGAGUUCCUCCCUACAUUCUUCCGACCACGACAUCAACAACUCCUGCUCCGACAACAACAACUCCUGCUCCGACCACGACCACUGACGGUCCACCCGCGAGCGCGACUACACCCACACCCACAACGACAAUUAUGACUUCCCCUAAUCCAUCUCUAUAAGGAUCCCUCAAGCAUAUACCUCCCAAUACCAGGGAGAUGCUGACACGUAUGCUUAAGGGAUUUCCACAGGGAUGAAUUGGGGAGAGGUCUAAGACACUGUUCCCAUUUCACGCGGAGCUUACGGAGGUCGUUCUCUGCGCAAGGGGGCGCAUUAUGUUGAGCGAGAAGUGUGGUUACGCGAUCGAAACUCUUGCCCCAUUUUAUACGACAAGUGGGGGCAACACAAUUCACGGCAUCAGGAGAAACGACGCUGGAACAUUGUACCUCCAGAAUGAGUACGUUCCGUUUUCGGACGUGGAAAACACGAUGACCUGUACGCGGAACGUUUGGGACGGCCUUCCGAACGGCUGUGCUGCGAGAGAGUGGUGGUAUGAUGGUGAUUGGUACUGGGAACACAAGUACCGGACCGGCAGCCAAGAUUACUUUUGGAAGAUUCCCAAUCCAAGCGGGGGAUCGACGCUGAAGGGCCUACCGGAGACGCGCGCCGAGUACGACAGCGGUAUCAUGGGAACCAGUUUGGAUCCCAGAGUAGCCCGUGAAAGCUGCAUUUCAAGCAAAAAUUGGAAAAUUUGUUCCAACAAAGAUCCUUUGCAGUUUGUGCGGCGCGCCCGAGGCGGCGCUGUGCUCUGCCCGCCGGGAUUCGCUAGCGACGAGGUGUCCCCGGAAGAUGGGACCACGUAUCUGGGUGUGACGGAAGCCGAGUGCAUCGACUUGGGGAAACACUUUGCGAAUCUUCUCGGAACUGCCUUGAGGCCCAAUAGCGCUGGUCUCUUUAUGCAUGUCCUGCACUUGGAACCUGAUGCAACGGCCGAUCAAACUUGCCUGGAAGGCUGGGGACGCAUUCCAAAUGGUUGCUCCCUAUAUAACUUUCCGCAAAGUAGUAGCAGGCAAUACGAAACGAGGGCCUGUUUUCGCAGUGGUCCAAGACCCCAUCAAUUAAGACGUCGAGCCACAGUCAGGAACACUACCUAGUGUUUUGAGGUGUGAUUUGAGGUAUCCCGAGUGCUGACGUCCUUCCCAGCAUUGUGAUUUAAAAGAGGGGAACCCUACAACUCAGGGGGGAGAAGGCUCAAGGAAUGACAACUCCAUCACGGAUAGUGAUUAACUAAAGACCUCUAACUCAGAUCAAGAACGUACUGGGCGAUCCUCGCGAAGACGGAACCUGCGUGUCCAGUGAAAUGUUAAGGCUUGAUGUUUCCUUAAUACUUAAGUUGAUUCGACCGGUUUUGCCGUCUUCACCGAACCAUCAAAGACUGUAAGUUGCAGUCAAGUUCUCUAAUAUUUAGAUGCUAACGCCUAUAAGCUCUGGCACUUUUCUCAAGCUUAUCCAGUCCUUAGCUUCGCAAAGCUUAGCCAGUCCUUAUUUCCGCAAUUCAAGAACGUUCUCAGAAGAAGCAUCUUAUUGAUCUUGCAUGAAAAAUUUUCUUUGAUUCGUUUAGUGUCCGCAGUAGUAGUACAUGUAAGGCCACCCGAGACCUGUUCGAUGGCAAAAGUGAUGCUCUUUUUCUCCUUGAUCUCACUAACGGUUAAGUAUUCGAAAACUGAAAAUAACCGAGUUAGUGACUGAAAUAAGGGAGGUAGCUUUGACAGGGCUACUCUUCCUUGUUCAGUAUCUCGCUUUUUUUCAGUAGUUACUCGCUUAUUUUAGUUUUUCGAAUAGAAGAAAUUGAUUAAUUUUCUGAAGCAAGGUUUUAAGUAUAAUUUAUAUAAAUAUGUUCCAGGGCGCGGGGCGACGGUACCCCCCCGAGCGGGGGGGGUACCGUACGCCCUGGACCCCUUUUUAAGGCGUCUGUUGGGGGUGGAAGGCCUCAAAAGGGGGCCAAGUGACCUCCCUCCUUCGCUCUCUUCCAGCUGCCUGGCUGUUGCCUACAGGCCUCAAGAGGGGCCCAAGGGACCGCCUCCGCCUCUUUCCAGGUGCUUGGCCGUCCCCUAGAGGCCUCCGACGCAGGUGGAAGGCCUCAAGAGGGGCCCAAGGGGCCGCCUUCGCUUCUUUCCAGGUGCUUGGCUGUCCCCAAGGCGGCAAAAGGCGAGGGGCUGGACCCUCGGAGCCGUGCAGCCUGUACCCUCCGGGCCCUUGGUCAUCGGCUUGCCUGCUCUUGCGACCGAGGGGAGGCCCGCGCCAAUUUUUGACGCCUUCCACCACUAGAAUCCGCGAAAAAUCAGCGCCGCCACAGACCAGACCACAGGGGGGGGCGUCGUCCGGCCCCGAGCCAUAUAUAUUUAGGUAAAGAGUUCCAGUCGUGACUGGUUUCUGUUUCAUCUCGCUAGGCUGUGCACUUUCUCGGCAAGUGUUUGACCGUCGUAGGAGUUUUCUCGUCUUGACGGUGAUUAAGUACAUUAUGUGCGACAACUUGAGACUUCGCAUUGACGAUGAUGAGCUCUAACCUUCGCGCCCGUAUGUCGGAAGCUUCCGUACACUGCGCGACUGCUUAUAGAGACGUGCGACGAGAACCUCGUAAAGCAGGGAAGUUGGAGCAACAGUAUUGUGAAUGUUAAGACUUCGACCGUAAAUCUUAGAUCUACUACUAGCACCCCUACUAGUACUUGUUCAGGAGCAUUGUGGCAAUGAUGUUUAUGGGACUAACUAGAAGGUAGAGCUUCUUCUAUGUAAAAAUGUAGGUUCGUAGGCAGUCGAGUAAGGACCGCCACGCGAAGCCUUCUGGCGUUUUAUGGGAGAGGAGAGAUGCUCAUUUUUUGUUUUCGACUUGAGCAGAAUGAAUGAACAAUCAGACCACAUCAAAGGGAGAAACAAAUCAUGCAAAUAUAAAUUGAACCUCCUCUUCUAAGAAAUAUGGCAUCAAGGGCAGUGGGAAUCUGCAUAUUCGGGACGCAGCGACGCGGCAGCGGGAGCAUAAGCACUUUUGGGGGUACGGGGCAGAGGAAGAUUACGGCCACAGCGUGUAUCCAUCUGUCUCUCUCAGCAUCUCUUGUGUAUCCUCUUGUUCCCGUAGAUGAAUACAAGGGAAACGAGGCCACGGGGAUGAAGAGAAGACCGGGAUGGAUUCGCGCACACUCUAAAAAGACGGAGAAUUCUUUGCACAUGAAUUUCCGACUGACGCCAGGAGUUAAGACUGGGCUACUUCUAUUUUUAGUUACUAUCGUUGCAAUUAUCCUUUCAACAGAGAACGGAUGUUGGGUGAAGAUAGUUUAUCCUUACAAAAGAGGAGUGAUGCGUAAAGAUACUCAUCCUCAUAUAGAAAAGAGAAAGUGAUGUCGCUGUUGCUCAAUGCAAAUUAUGUCCUCAAAAGAAAAAGGAUUCGUGAUAGUUGCUCAGAAAGGCAUUCUUUGUCUUCUCGUAGGGGAAGACACGUAUGAAUAAGGAGGAUCAAGAUUAUUCUAUUGUAUAUAGCUUCACUUCAAGGACAAUGGGCUUUGUAGUUUAUCUAACUUGUACUUCUAAAUAUAAUUAAAGAAUAUAUGUAUGUAUUAUAAGAUGCGACUUUACUUGUUCUAGGAAAGAUCUAAAGAAAGCAUCCAGAGGGCUACUUGCUACGCGCACACGAACGGCUGGAACUCUACGUGAAAGAUCCGGACGUGAUUUGUGUGGCGAGAGUGACAUUUGGCACCCGCGUUCUGAGCGGUAUUCCUUUCUGGCUAACCAAGGAUUGCGCGUCUGGCGCACCGGCCGAAAGUAACUUCCCUUGCUUAAGGCUUCCCGUAAUCCAGUUCCAUCUUGCGUAGCAUCUUGGUAGCAAAAAAAAAGAGGCACAUUGAUUCUCCUACCAGUAACAUCUACUCGGUAGCAAGUAAUAGAUGCUGACCCUCAUCUCGUACCAACACCAACAGGGAUAGUAAUAUUAAUACUGUAUAGAUAUCCUGGCUAUAGAAAACACUUUGGUUGCUUGUUCUCUUUUCAUGGUGAUUCGUUAGUAGCCGAUGUUAUAACACUGGCGUGAAGGUGCUACGAUAUUGACUGUCCUCAUUCUAUUUGGGUAUUCGAAUACGUACCAUGACAGGAGACGAGAUGCCAUGACAUUAUAGAUAACAUGACAGCGAACGUAGAGAUGCCAUUACUACGUGAUAUUAUAGAUACUUACUUUCUCUAAGCUCUAUGGGCGCUUCUCGCAAAUUUUCAAGGAUCGCUGAAGAGGCGAGAGGGGUUACGCUCUCUUUGAAACACUGCAAUAAGGGAGAACCACACUACGUGAACGCUGUACCACUUGAGGUUACCGCGGAAUUCGAGGAGCCGGGCAAGGGUCGCUUCACCGAAGUUGUCGAGGUUUCUCCGUUUAACAGAACGAUGAUGACAUGGACGUAUACGUUUACUCGACGUCCCAAGGGCUUAUCGAUACAUGCUCAUGGCCCCAUCUCUCGCUGCCUCACAAGAGUGGAACUGGAUGAGGACCUGGGCAGUUACGACUACACCACGUGGAACGGGACUUCUGCUGCUGCUGUGACUGGAGGAGGGACCUUUGAGGACGCCGCCCAUGUGCCAAGAAGAGCAACGAAACUGUACGGACAGGAUUACACUCUUGAUGCCGGGGGUCCGGUGCUUGCUGGCCUACUGUAUAGAUCGGAGAUGUGGCUGCAUACCAACUGUUGGGGAAGCGGUGACUUUUCUACGAGACCGUGUGUGCAGGACCUUCAUUAUCCCGGUCGGGUGGGUGUAUUCGCCCUCCGACUGUGUGACAACAUCAAAGCUACCACCCCUGGAUACGUGGACUUCGAGCUCACGUUCAAACAUGGAGACAGUAAGCAUGUGGAAACGAAGAGGCUCUUUGCAGCUGGUGAGAGCCAGGAAGAGAGGAAAAAAUUCUUUCAUUACCAGAUUCAGUUUCCCGAGUCCGUUCCGCUCCGGGUGCUGCAGGAGCUCGUUUCUGUAAAGAUGGAGUUGGAAGCUGGAGAAGCGCCCGUUUGCUUUGACAAGAUGCAGCACGAUGGUCGACGCUUCAACAAUGUGCCAUUUUUCCUCUCCGAUGAUGUCGGGACGGAUUGUGGUUCGGACCUAACUCUCCUUAAGGGUAGGUUUCUAGUACGUAGAGGUGUUCCUGUUACAACCGUUUGUUUUGCCUCUCGUCUGCUCUCCUAAGGGACGCGAAAAGCAUAAGAACAAACGGGAAACAGAAACUAACACUUGCUGCAUUUGCAUUGCUAAGCAAGUGCAUCUGUUGCAAUGCAACAGGAUCCCCAUACCUCUAAUUCCAAGAACAGCCGCUGUUACGACAGAGCCCGAACGAUUUCGGUGCGCACGGCGAGCGUGAAGUUAAGUCUUACAUACAAGAUAUAAUGAGGAGACGAUGUUGACGAUCCUCACACCGAAGAAUCCUUGAUACAGCUCCACUCUAUCUAGAAAUUGAGACUUCGAAGCGUUCUACGCCUACCUCGCCAUCACUUAGGAAACGGCGCUCCAUGUGCUGGAGGUGUAGUUACCAUGAGUCCGAUAAUCUUUCUCAAGCACUGUAAUUGGAUAGAAGUAGAUAUCACGAGUGAUAUUCUCUAAUAAAGGUGGUCCUGUGCGCGGAGUUUGCUGUUGCGGGUUUCCUCACUAACGGCGACCAGAAUACUUUGCGGGUAACGGGAAAGUACUACGAUCCGACGAAAGAGGAGGAGUUUCUGAAGAUGGAACUGAACAAGGUGAAUGCCGUAGGGAUUAUCGCUUUCAGCAAUGGAUUUCCUGAUGAAAUUGAGCUCUCCUUGGAUGAUAACUAUCAAGAGCUGUGCGUCUCCGAGGUUGCGUUCGUGAAUUAUCAUGCCCGUGGAACCGAUUCGGAACUUUCGUACGGGGAUCGGGAAUCUGCUUUUGUUCUCAAUAUUAAGGCUCUCGAUAAUUCAUCUUUCGUGUCUCCUUUGUUUUUUCGCUGAAUCUGAAAAGUAUUUCAGUGACCAGGGAGUGGUUUUAUAAAACAGAGAGGGCCUGCUCACCCAGCCUCGAAAACUAGAAGUGACCGAGGUAGUGACUGAAACAAGAGAGGAGAUAGCUUAAGGCUAUCCUUCCUUCAGUAUUUCUUUUACUCUCGUGACUUACUUGUUUAUUUCCCCUUAUCGAAGGUAGACGAUGUAGGAGCAGCAAAGACAAAGUUUAAAUGUAAACCCUUUGUUCUAGAGAACUAAGCUUCUCUAAGAAGUGUCACCCUUUUUGGAUCGAAACGAAAUAUAAUUGCGAACGUCGUGCGUUGCCUUUUGUUCCCUGUUACGGAGAUCGCAUUACGCUUUCUCCGCAUGCGAUCCACAGCGAGAUCCCUCCGCCGCUUGUGCCGCCACCCAGCACUCAUUAAGGCUGGUCUUAAUUGAUUUUGAGAGGCAUCUCUGGGCCCCUUCCCAGGGGGAAAAAAUACGCCACAGAUAAGUCUCAAGAUGAAUUUGGGCAAGCUCUAAAACCAAAGCGAAUUCGCGGAGCCGCGUCGGGCGCAGUUCGAGUAUGUUGGCUGCUGGAAGGACGAGGCAGACCCCCGUGCCAUGGUCGAGGUCGGAUGGUUAAGCAUCCUGGGCUGCGCAGUCAAGUGUGCGUCCACAUUGCCGAGCCAGGACAGCGGGAAGCUCCGGUAUGACUUUUUCGGAAUUCAGUGGGGGGGUCAGUGCUUUUGCGGUCACGACGGCACUGAGCCAGGAGGUGGGUACAAGACUUAUGGAGAAGGCACGGCCAAUAGUUGCUAUAAAGAGUGCCCUGUCGAUCCGCAAGACGUCGCGGAAGGUUAUAAGUGUGGUGGAGGGUAUCAUAAUUCCGUGUACCGGCUCCCGGAGCAUCUCUACUUAGGCUGCUUCGCCGAUGUCAGUCGAGCUCCGCACGUCAUGGACUUUGGAAAGAGCCUAGGCAUGAGCUUGCAAACGUGCGCAUGGACAUGUUUGAAUACCUACGGGUCAACGUACUACGCCAUGCAGCGGGGGCAGCGUUGCAUGUGCGGGAACAACUUUCGCCUAGAGGGCAAAAGCACGGGGGUUCCGGACAGCUUUUGUGGUUUGGCGAAAUGUCACGUCUCGGAGCGAGAGCGAACGGCUGGCGAGCUGUGUGGUAGUGGAACGCUGGGAGAUGACGAAGAGUUCGCGGCGGGAAGGCAGAUUUUUAACGCCGUGUAUAAAACGCCUGCAUCUGUUGCGGGGAGGGAUCUCGUCGGCAUUGUGAAAAACCAGGACCCGCAAAUGGCCUCGGACCCAAAAGAGGUCAUCGACGUGGUCCAGAUGUUAUCCUCGCCUGUUGGUGGCGAGCUUCUGAGUAAGCAGCAGAAGGUUCAGGAGGGCGCGCUUGCUGUUACUUUCGCGGCUGAAUUUCGCGACGGUCUCACGGUGUCGCCUGCGUUACCAGGACUACUAUACUUAAGAAAAAGCGUAGCUACUAAAAUAACAUAUUGAUACUUAAUAUUGAGUAAAAUAUGCAACAUCUUAAUCUUUUUUAAAGGAGAUGACUGAGCACAUCAACUUAUUCAUUUUAGAUGAAUUUCAUCUCGCUCGCCAGCGGAAUAGAAUAUUCGAAAACUAGAAACAAAUACCCAACUUAGGGACUAAAUAAGCAGAGGCAGCUUACGGAUAUUCCUCCUUCAGUAUCUUCGCGGUUAUUCCAAGUAGUUACUUGCUUAUUUCAGUUUAAAUCGAGUAAAAAAUAUCUAAGUCAUUUAUUGAUGUUUCAUCAAGUCAAAAGAUUAAGAUCAUUUGUCACUAGAGAAGCCAUAUUUAUCGAUGUUUCAACUUCAAAUUGAAUUUCAGCGAGUUCUAAUAUCGCCAGACGGCGAGUGGACGUUGGAGGCUUGGAUCUACAUUCCAGAGCACGUCGCAGCUGGUGAGUCGCAUAAUAAACUCGCGAUCUUCGGUUAAGGCUCAUCAUGAUAAUCCAUCCUUCCUUGCAUAUUAUUAAUUUGAAAAGUUAGUAUGCUAGGGUACUAUUGUCUAUCUGAUGCUUUUCAACAUGGAUGCUUGCAGCUGAAGGGUGUUGAAAUACGGAGAGGUCCUCUAAUCCGGGGACGACAUUACUGGAGUGUACCUGCGGAAAGCCGGCUCUUGUCCCGCCACUGCGUACAGAGAAACUCGCGGCGCAGGGUUUGCCGGCAGAAAAACGCUGCUUCAAGUUCAUGUUGGCGAAGAUGAUAUCAAUUCCAACCCGGUGAUCAAUCAGGAGUGCCUGAUCGCCGACACGUGGUAUCACGUUGCUGUAGUGAACUCGGGUGGAUCGCUAACAGUGCGUUUGAAUUUCGAAGCCGCGGUACGUGAUAGUUGGACCAAACAGGUUUCUCUCGGUGUCUCUAGGCUAGGCGAGGGCUUUGCUGCAGUAUCAAAAGGAGGAGCGAAACUUUUUAACAUGCGGUACUGGACCCGAGAACGGUCUAAAGGCGAACUGCGAAAAGCUGCAAUGAUAUUCGACCUAACGUCUUACGGCUCACGAUCAUCUUCUCUCGCCGUCGCCACGACUUUCUUUGAUUUUUUUGAUUCUCAGUUUCUAAUCAACUACAAUGAAAAUUAUGUGUAUUACAAUUUUGGAGAAAGACGAGUUGUCCUCGUGUACAUUUCUCAGCUCUAACCACCGUUGGAAGCAGUCACUGGCGACCCUCAGAUGGAGCUAAUGGACUUGCAACUCUGGCUGCCGCUCCAAGGUGAUGCGCUCGACAAAACCUGUAUGCACGUGGUAGGUGCCGGUACAGAACAGAUGCCAGCCUAUCAUGUCUUUCCAGAAGUCACGGUGAAGCACAAUUCAGGUGUUUAUACUUGCAAUAAUGUAUUGAGUUGUAUUGCAUUAGGAGCUAGCUCGCUAGAAGUUCUAUGUGAUAUUGCUCCUUGGAUAGUUCAGCUUCAACUGUAACACGGAGCGACCACAUGACAUGCAUGUUACUGCUUCAGUGGCACAGGUAGACAAUAAUAGCUACUACAUAAGAGGUGCCAUUACAUGCAUGUUACUGCUUCAAUUCUUGCCUUCUGGUCUUGAAUAUGGAUUACAAUUUAUGUGACCCAUAAACGAAAUUACAUUUAGUCAUGUCAUGAAGUCCUCAUGGAUCUACGUGAUAUCGCAAUGAUCUUGUACUUGUGUGUCGUAGCUACACAAUUUUGGUUUUUUGCUUUUCGUUGCUUCAACUCAGCAUGCUCAUCUUCUAUCACUCAUUUCGUCUCAUUCUCUUUCCAAAUCCAUUCUUGUACUGCUUGAUUCGAUUCUUUUUUAUGGCUUCAAUUCGCUUGUAAUCUGGUAUGAAUCUUCUUGUUAACUUAUUAGUUUUCAGUACAGUUAUUUUCUGUCGCUUCAACUCCCUGUUCUUUUUUAUAAUACGUAGAGUGGUAGUACUCAAAGACAACAUGAUGUCCUGUGGGUCUCACAUUUAUUAUGAAAAGGAACUCCUGAAACACUUUCGCCACGUACAACAGGUGCGGAGGACGUCAUGUCGUUUGCGGAGCUACGAGAGAAGCUCUGGGUAUCCAGCAUGUUCCAGGAGGAUAUUUUCACCGUUGAAGCCUGGGUACGUCACACGCAACCGUGUGACGAAUGCACCUUAUGGCUACCGCUGAAGCCUCCCCCUACGUCAUGCUCCUUGGCCUUCUUUUCAAGGGAAAUAAAGAAGGCCCAUCCUCCAAGGAUACAAUUAUGUACUCUCAAAAAAGCAACCUGAUUUAGUACCAAUAAUUAACAUUAUAAUUCUAGACAGAUUUAUUGUGAAUUGUUUCGUCUUGCCAAUGGUCUUGUGCGAUCAUUUGAGAUGCAAUCAAUGAUGAUGAAGCUCCUUGGUAGCUCUAAGUACCGACGUGAAAGGGGUUGUUGGGUAUCACGUGGACGUGAACAACGCACAAAAAGGUCUCUAUUUGGUCGGGAAUCGACGGUCGCUCACGGAGUGCUUUGACAGCUACGCAGGAUCUUUAAGGCUCGAUACUAUCCUUUGCGCUCGGUCGGUCAGUACUACUAAUAGAGAGGAGACCUUGAUGGGAUCAACCUUCAAAAUACUCGAGGAAACCAAGGGUCAUUUUCUUCGGUUUUCUUCAUCUUAGGAUUUUUCUGAGGAAAUGUCGAAGGCAAGAAAGGAAUUUUUUUGAGCUCUAAGAUCUGGUGGACCGGUGUCCGCUCGCAAAGAGCUCACCACGUUCGCCGUCGCAAUUGGUUCGGCCACUGGGGCCAGCAGGCACUGUCUGCGGACGAACACGUGGUAUCAUAUUGCUGUCACUGUGGGCGCGGCGGGCGUAGUGAAGUACUACGUGAAUGGUGAGCCUAGCGGAGUCGGAAGCUGGGAUAAUCACAAAGACGCCAAUAUUAAGGCCCUCAUUCCUAAUUCAUCUGUGACUACAUUCAUCCUUUAACGUGACUAUUGCAAUCUUGGCUCUACGUACAGAGAAGAACGAUCCUUUUGCGAGGAUCAUGAAUCCUUCGCCUCCACCACGAAGUCGGCAUACAUCCUUUGACGUGAUUCGUCAUUUGUGACUUUGCUUGCAUUGGUAUCCCGCCUGUAUAAUUGAAGUAUUCUUUUGAAUUUUUGCAUUUGAAUGAUUCAUGCUAGUACAAGAAUGCAGUACAGUAAGAAAGAUGAAUAUUUGCCAGCGCUAACAACUGAAACCAAUUUAUACCGGAGCUUGGCACCGGCUUCCUUGCUGAGGGAGAGGGCAUCGCGAAUGUUAGACUUUGGUCCAAGGUGAUUGCUUUAAGGAUAGAAGUAGUAAGUAAAUUUUAUUCCCUUAUUAAAGACGCACAAGGUGUGGCGAGGUAUCCUGACUGGAUAUCUCCCCUUGAUUACUUAAAGUGUUAAAGCAUACUGUGAGGGGAAACACAAAGCAAGAUACUCACCGACACAGCAGGACUCUUGCUUCAUCGGCUUCUUUUUCUUCUUCUUUCAAUAAGUAAAAAACUGCUGCUAAUGAGUGCCCUUACAAUGGUUACCAGAUGGGCACUCAUUAGCGAUUGAUUGAGAAAGACGGUCCUUCUAAUGAAUGUACACACGCUCCUCGCGAACGCUUUUAACUUUGGCGACGCGUCGAAAAUUGGAAGUGAGUUGAAUCACUUGAAGGCUUGGUGGCCCUUACAAAAAGAUAUCACUUCGCUUGCUCCCGGCACAGCAUACACGUUGAUUAAGGAACAGAGGGUUACUUAUCAAAAAUCUAUAAUGAUAAUCCGUGCUCGCUCGUUUCGAUACAGAAAAGAUAGUACACUAGCGCGAUAAAUCCGAUAUUGAAUUUGUCGCUUCAACAUCAAGACCAAGGGAAUUCUGGAGACCCGUUUUUCAGGGGAAAACGGAGACCAGGGAAAGGCCCCACGACAAGACGGAGCUUUUCUGCUUCUAAUUUGAGCGUGAACAAUACGCUUCCGACGUUCUACACGAUUGACCCUGUGUUGCUGAGCGCAGACGCAGCGAGACUGCGUACAACUGUCGAUCUAGGUACCAACAACAUACUUGUUCUAGUAGCAGUAGUUGUACUAGAAAUGUUCUGUUUCUUAUCAUGUACCAUUACUAUGUAAUUGUGUCUACCGCACGCGCAUGCUUGAGUCCCUAACUUUGGCGCAAGCUCGCAGGACUAUCAGCAAACGCGACAGCCAAGAGACAGCCAGUCGCACCGUACGUAUUUGAAUCAGACAGGUCUCUGAGAUACAAUUUUUAUGUAAUGCGCUGGUGGAGGUGCUCGAAAGUCGCAAUUGACUCCAACGCUAGUCUGAGGCCCUAACCAAUCCCAAACCACUCCGUCCAGGUGAGCGCGUGGCCGUUUUUCAAGCUGUGAAGUUUGCGGGGGGCGGAGUCUCCCUCAGCACGGGCUUCUCGAGAUCCCAUCUAAAAGACGGUUUUACCUACGAGGUGUGGGUGUAUCACCCUUUUGAUGACGCGUCAAAUCCGAUUAAGGCAACCAAUAUUGCAUCAGCGACUGCAUCCUUGGCUGUUGUAUUUUCCCAAGAAGGUGGGGAAAAGAAGACGCGAAGGAUGGAUGUUGGUACUAGCUAUCGGGGUGAAACAAGUGACGAUGUAUUUCUAUCUAUCAGAUGAAGACGCAAACCCCAAAGCUAGGGAAGAUGCGAGAUGUUUACUAGGUAAAAAUAGCUCUAAUCCGAGGCUUGAAAUCAUCGGCGGGAUUGUCCAUGGCUUCUACUUGAUAAACAAUUACCUCAGCUGCUCCGACGAGGCACCCGGUCCGGUGGAUACUUAAGAGUACCUCUAAUCCAUCCCUAUAUAGAUCCCCCAACCUCCGGGGAAACUCUGGAGGGAUCUCACCUCGACGGAUGAAUUAUUAGGAAUAGUUCCAACAUGAGUUAACGUCGCGAGACAUGACCCUUUACACGGCGCACGUUGGUUACACAGGCUUGCAGAGCAAUGUCUGCAUGCGCAAAAAUAUUAAGACUGGUGUUUGGAGCAUCUAGCGCCCUCUAGUUAGUACUUAUAAAUAUGUAUUUAGAAUAAGGCAACGAGGAUCCACUUGAGACAAGGCAUGUUCGUCGUCAUUUCAUAUACAUCAUCACUCAUCACCGUUUGGGUUUGGAGGAUUAUCCUGAAGGGGUACACUACUACUACCACUGCUACUGCUACUGAGUUUAUAUUAAAAGUAUCGCUUUGUCGUGCUUGUUAGCAUUUGAAUACGGAGCCCCUUCCACCAAGGGGAAUUGAAGCUUCUUAAACCACUGACUGAAGAAAUCCUCAAUGGUGAAGUCUACGAAAAUCUCCCGCAAACACUUCUUGCUUUGUUUGUUUCUUCUCCCUGCUACCGUUCUGUUGAUGAGCAUGACAAACUGUAACACACUGUAGGAACUGUUUUUAUCCGACUACACUACCACUAGGCACGUAGAAGAAGUAGAUGGGGCAACAUUCAUGUUUUUGCUCUUCUAAUCUUACUUGGUAUCACUUGGCUGUGACCAUGGAUAGCGGUGGGCUCAUGCGCUUCUACGUGAACGGAGUACAGCGGCGACGUGCGGUGGUAGCAACCUUCCCCAAUGUUAAGGCUCACAGUAAUUCAUCUUAGGAGGCAUCUUGGACGCCUUCUCUAAGGGGAAAGCGCGCCAAAGUGGCCUUUGAAGAUGAAUAUAAGUAAGGUCUAACAAUAAUGGCAAUAACAAACUGGACCCACACGUUGGAGGUGGCUUCGCAGGCAUGGACAGAAAAAUGAUGAACCUCCGCGUAUGGCGGACGCCGCGCACGAGAGAGCAGAUUGUGGCCCACGCCUACACCGUGACGUUACGGGCUUCCACAUUGCAUCCCGCGACAGCAUUCUUGGCCUAUUAGUUUCCCAAUACAUAGGAAACAACAAGUCAAGGGUCAACAUGUUGUGCUGAAGUGGCAUGCAAUAUUAGCGCUAGAGCCACCACCGCUAAUCACGGCGGAGAAAAUGGACACGACCGAAAUGUUGAACCUGUGGCUUACCUUCCAAGAUACAACGGAAAAUUACGGCUUCCCCUAAUCCAUCUACCGAAGCAUUUGCGAGACGUUUUCAAGGGGAGAACAGUCUCAGGAUGUACUUGGAGAUGGACUAGGGUGAGCUCCAAGAAAAUUUGAUUGCAGGCGGUAGAACCGUGUCGGGUGCUGAGGCGAAUUAUGACCGCGUGCAUCUCGUCGAUAUGGAAAUAGAUUCAGGUCUGGCUGCCACGACCACGAGCACUACUUCGGUCGCACCUUAUCAUUAAGGCUUUCCGUAAUUCAUCUCUUAGUUAAAAGGUGAAGAAUCAAUCUAUGACCUACUGUUUUGAGGGGAAAAAAACGUCAAAGAUGUUGACCCUUGAGAUGAAUUUGUGCAAACUCGAAGUUGAAGAUCACUCAAUGGCUUUGACGAGCGACGGGCGGCUACCACCUGUUUACAUGAGAGGCGUCCGCUUCGGGCAGCAGAUGAGGUUCUCUCUCGCAUCGGGAAGCACGGAAACAUUAAGGCAACUUUUGAUAAGCAUCUUUUUAUUUAUUAAUAUGAUCUUUGACAUUAAUUUUUCAAGAAAAGAAAAGGCGCCUUCCUCCCCCCGGGAGAAAUCAAUGCUCUCAGCACCAGGAAAAAAAAGGGGACCUCCCACAACAAUCGCUAGCCAUCAAGUCGUCUUUUCGAAUAUCUAUAAUAUAGAUAUAUUAUUAUACAUACCUCCUUGAUGUUUUUUGAUGUUUUUCUAGUUAGGUCUGCUCCACCAACAUUAUACAUAGUUUGGGCUGCGUCUUUUUUUUCGUCACUAGCUGCUCUAAAAAGAAAUUUUCGAGAGACGGGUCUGACAUGGGAAGCAUGGAUUCGUCACAACUAUGCAUGUAGCAGAUGCGAAUUAGCGAAGGAAAUAUUCGGACAUCCUACUGCUGACAUUGGUCUGUACCUAGUCUUAAGGGUUCCCACAUUACAUCCUUCACUACCCGAAACUCACUGACUCUUUCUCCAGUAAGUUUGAAAGAAGUCAAGUAUGUUCUGAAGAAUGGAAUGUCGGAACCUCUAAUAUACGGCAGCGUCGGAAGUGCCUGUGGGGAACAAGCGACCUACGGAUACUCUUACGGCUACUUUUUCAUUACAAUAUUUAGAUAUCAUAAAAACUCCGUGCAACGGGGAUGGACUGCUAGCUUCUAUUUUUGCAACAUCUCAUAGAUAUAUUUAUCAUCGUGAAGUGCGCGGGUACAACUACUAAAUUAAGGGGGUGAAGAGUGAGAAUGCACCGCCUCACUCAUUUGUAUUUCUGAGUAUCUAUGUAGAACUAGAAGGAGGUAGAAGGGGGAUCAGCCAAGACGAACCCACCGAAGAUCAGAUAGAAACGACAAGUAAUCAACAGCGUUCCUGUUUUGCCUUCCGUUAUACCCUAUUUGGUAAACUUGCUGAACCCGCCUUAGAUUUGGGGUAUACUAGAGUGCCAAAAAAAAAGACUACGUCCGCGUCUAAUUUUGGGGCCCCGCUGAUGGGACUCGACGCAUGAGCACGUUUCGGCUCCGGAUGGGCGGCGCAGGCCUUCUCGGGAAGACCUGCUUUCGGACCAAUGUGUGGUAUCACGUUGCGGUCGUAGUUGACAAGGAUGACGACUACAGUUAAGGCUCAUCGACAUGGAAAUGCCAAGACAUGGCUGUAACAAGUAGUAGUGUCCCCCAUGAUUGGGUACACUACUACUACUUUUCGGGUGCAUAAUUGAGAAGAUUGACUGUUAAAAGAUUGAGAAGAGUGACUUGCACUCUUCUCAAUUUAUUUUUAUUUAAGGUUUUUAAGAUCAUCCUGAGAAAGUGAACGCCAGAUCAUCUUUCUUUUAGUACCAUAGGUGUUUCCUUCUUAACAUUCUGAGAAGAUAUACUUGGGAAAUGAGAAAUUACCGUAUCUAUGCUCUGUGAUAAGAAUGAGAAAGGUGAGUCUCACAGAUCUCUUUCCUCUAAAAAACAGUUACAUAUUUUGUUAACGGCAAGGAGGAGAACAAGCGGAGCUUUGUCAAUGCAAAUAGAAACACCCACCUGAAACUUGGCACGACUUUGGGGGGUGGCUUCACGGGGCCGGGCGAAGCCAUUAGGAUCGCACGGAUUUGGUCAACUCCCCGAACCGAGACUCAAAUAUUUAUGAACAAACAAGCCCAUUGUAAUUUAGAGACAGACUUCAUUGACUUUUUUUUAAGGCUACCACGAUAGUAUCUAUCUCAUUCAUUUCUGUACGUAGGGACGAUCGUUAUAUAUAACAGUGGGAAACUAGAAGCAUACUCCACUAGUUUUCGUAGAAGCUCCAUAGCAGGAAAGCAGACAGUACAACUCCAGAUGAGGGUCCAUCUUGUGGGCUACCUGCAAGUGGAAGAAUCUUCACACCAAAAUUAUUUUGAGUAGAGUAGACGAAGGUUCGUCAGCACAAUUAUUGAUUAUAAUAUAUGUUCCUUCCCCCGUGAGGAGCCCGCACAUUGGGGGGAGGUCUGUCGGGGACAUGCAACACGGCAAGGGGGCGAGUGUGCGGGCUCCUCACUGGGGGAGACUCGCGGGGGUUGGGAGGCCUCCGAGGGCAGCAGGUGGCAAGGCUUGACCCUCUUCGCCGUGCUGCAUGUGUCCUACAGCAGGGUAGUCUGUAGCACGCAUGGAGUAGCAUGGAGUGCAUGGAGCAGACGCAGCAUCGCCACGCAUGGAGUGCAUGGGGCACGAACAAGCCCCCGGCCCACCCGGGGGUGGGUGGGUCGGCGGCUGUAGAAGUCGGGGUCGGUUGAUCGGCGAGACUGACGCCGCGGGAUCGCUGCCUUGUGCGUAAUGCGGAGGCGUGACGUCGCUGGCGGCGCUGCAACAAGCUGAUUUGUUGCGCGCCCCAAGGCCCCGGCCCGCGUGUGAGUGGGCUCGGAGAUGUAGCAGUUGGCUCGGGGGCUGGCGGUCUGGAUGCUUGAAGGCCCCGCUCAGGGUGCCGGGCUGGAGGCGUGUGGGCUCUGACGAAGGGGCGCCCGAAGGGCGCACCGCAAAAAUUUUCACGCAUGGAACGCAUGGAGCACCUGCUCCAUGCGAUCCGUGCACUCCAUGCCAUGCGAGCUGCCAAACCUUAUAAAUUUUUCUGCUACAGAACCCAGGCGGGCACGCAGGCACUGCCCCCACUCCUCCUCGCCUUUGGUCCUCAACCCCCCCGGGCGUUUGGUGGCCGCUGACGCUGCCACCGACUGGGGGGAAGGGGAUGAGGGCAACCCAGCAAAAGGGGCCAGGCCUCGCGACCUUCGGCGACCUUCUACCCCCGGAGGCUGUCCCCGUGAUAGUGUCCAAAAGUCGGAACGCCUGUGAGGUACACGCGGAGAGCCGCAAGGGGGCUCCCGCUCCGGCUCCGCUUUUUGAGGCCUUCGCCCCCACCACUGCGGAAAAAAGGGCGCGCCGACGCCCCCAAAGUAGCUCCAUCCACAGGGGGGAGCCUCCCUCCCGGGUGCAUAUGUUUCGAAGUUUUUACCUUAUAUAUAAACAGGUUUUCACAGCGAGCUUCAUUAUAAACAAAAUCAAAUUUCUUUGAGUUGUUCUAGGUACAAACUUUAUUAGUUUAGCGGACAGGAGCUGAAGCUCUAAAAUAAGGUGGAAAUCGGCAUUGCUUUGAGUUGUUCUACUAGAGAGAAACUGUUUUUUGGCUGAGAGGUAAAGUAAGUAUGGCCUGGGGCAUAAAUCCGGGCAACAUAUCUUUCGGGGUAUUUAAGUCUGACUUGCGAGUCGGACUACAGAGCGGAGUUUCUCAUGGAGGUGGGCUCUGGGUGGUGUUUUUUAUCGAUGUUAAACCUGAAAGUAGCCACUCAUCCCGUUCUUGCUUGAGGAUCUUCGUUCCUUGAUUCUAGUGCUUGAAUUGAAUGCUAGGACUUCAUAGAAUAAUUUAUGGAUCUAGAUCUUGUUAACUGAAAGGCGAAGUGGAGAUAGAGUGUGGAACUUAUAACUUAAUUUGAUCUAGGGUUGCAGAUCAACUAAGAGGUGAUCCUCGAGGGAUCUCCAGACAUUGAGAUAGCACAAGGUUGACUGCAGGAUGAAUUUCGACGCAUACCUAUGUAUUGACUCACAGGGAUGCAAUUCGGCCGCAUAUCGAUAGGUCUGCACUUGUGUGCCGGUUUAGGCUAGCGCUCAAGGCCCAUAGAAUUUCGACGUUCGUGCGUAUAUUUUUUGAGCUUAGUGCCCCUCUUACAGCAUGAGUUGAAGGCAUUCAUCUGCAGGCCUCGUUAUCAGUAAUAAUGAUAAAUGUAAAAAACUAGUAAUAGAACAGUUUAUAGCACGAAUGGCGCAGGGGACGAAUGACAUGAAUGGCACACCCCAACAAAGCCCAAAUGUGUCACGAAUGGCACGAAUGGCACAGGUUGGCAGGGUUCCGCCAGCUGGCGCCCCUGGUCUCCUUUACUUAUCGAGUAUUUAAUUCGUCUGUAAGUGAUUCUGCCCAUGAGAGAAGCCACAUCGGUCGACAGCCGGCGGCGAGCGAGGAGAGGGAGGCGCGGGUCCCCGUCACCGUUUUGAAAAUGGUAAGGGAGCGGGCUAGGGAAACAGCGGAAGCCGCGUCUGAGGAGUGCAGAACUUCACGCAAGGCGUCGCAUGGGCCUCGUUUUUUCCCGGAGUUCCGUGAGGGCCAUACAAAUUCGGACGAAUUUGCGUAACCCUCACGGAAUUCCGGGAAAAAAAUGCUACGAGACCACCGGAGCGGCAUCGGGGUCCAGCUUGAAAACAGGCGUAGCCGCGUGCCUUGCGGUAGCCGUGACGACGAAGGGAAGAGGUCGCGCCGAAGCAUGGCGCCUUGCCCGUAGCGGGGCGGCGGCCUUGGUAUCUAGUGGAACUGUGUGAGGGAUGUGCGUUUGGCUGAGUGCAGGGCUUGGCGCCUGAAGGGUGCCCCGCGCCCGCGGGGUUCUUGGCGGUCGGCGUAGAGCAUCGAGCAGGAAGCGGCAACCUAGUGGGGGGCGCAACGCAUCGGAACGCAGGGCGCCCGAAGGGCGCCCCGCUCUCGGAGGUCUAUAUAUUUGGUCCACGAGUGGGACGAAUGGCGAGGUCGAUCGCGGACCCGGAUUGUGCCCCCCCCAUCCGUUCCAUUCGUGCCAUUCGAUCCAUGCCGUCCCAGAUCUGGAACCCUUAUAAACUCCUCUACGAUAAUAGAUCUUAACUAAUUGAGUUUAUGCCCGUAGCCAUUUUGGCUCACGGCAAGAGGAUGAAGACACUGAAUAAACGAAUUAAAUAACUGGCCAAAAGAAUUGAAUAUGACGCCGCGAGAUCCCUACCCCGUAUGAUGAGCACGGCCAACUACGUAAUGUAAGUAAGAGGAGCGCAGCCAGUCAUCCGGGCAGCUGGUUAGUGACUCCAUACGUACCUACUUGGUCUUCGCGGUGGUUCCCUAAAUGUUUCAGUGAGUGAAAUAAAACCGAAAGGAAAUGACAAGCCAAAAUGAAGGUGGGGAUCGAUCCGCUGAUCGCAGCCAGCGACGCGACCACCGAGGAAAGAUAGACCGGAGUGCAUGAUCGCCGCGCGUGGGCCCGACUCAAUCAAUGCGAAUCUUGCGGACAGGCUCCGAUGAGUGGAACCACAACCCACCGAGGAGACCGGGGCGCCGCUGGUGUUCAAGUUAAGGCCUCAGCUGCGACAAGAAGAGGAAGGGAAAAGGGCAGGGCCAGUUGCGCAGGGUUAUACUUAUAUAUAUUAUAUUAUAACAGGGGGCUUCUUGUGCGCAACUGGUUGGCCAGAAGGAGAAGCACACGGUAAGGCUAGGAGAUAUACCCUUGCGCGUUGCGGCUAGAGUUGUUCAGUGGAGCCGACGGCGGCGCGUACUCAGGAUUGUGGAGCUGAGCAAGCAACGCCAGCGGUCGCUUGCGAGCCGCAUGCUGGACACCAAGGAAGUAAAGAAGGUCAGUGUGCACUCGGUUCUUCGGAGGAGCGGAAAGACCCUCUGGGACAUCGGUCAUGUUUAACGGCGCCGACUUUACUCAGGUCACCCGCCUCGGUGCUCGAUGUUGACUUUAUUCAGGUCACCCAAUCAUCCUCGGAGGUGAGCCAGGUGCCGGGGGGCUCGAUGUACAGGAUUCACAACCUAAACUUAACCAGUAAAGUGUAGUAAUGAUAUGUAAGCGCGUGCACUCCUUGGGGCGCUCCGCCUGCGCUUCUGUUGGCAACUCGUGUGCGGACGUAGCAAAGGCAGCCUAUUCUAUCCUAUCCUAUCCUAUCCUAUGUAUAGUCCUAGUUUAUGUAAAUUAAAUAAUAUUUAAACUACUAAUUAGUUUUAUGAUACUACAUGCACUUACUAAUAAAAUGCCGACUAUCUCACUUUAGAUAUUUUAUUUAAGUAGGGCUCAAGCUCUAAACUAAGGAAAUCGGCGCUCGUGCUGAAAGCUUCAGACCUGGAUACGACGGAAGGGCUACUGGCCUUUUGGCCUUUUCUGGAGAAUAUGGGUUCGGCUAUUCCAGCGGCCAUGACUCCACAUUAUGACCGGAUUUUUGAAAAAUAAGAUUCCCACCCUCAAGUGGAAAGAACAUAUAAAUAACAUCAAAGACAUCUCAGGGUGAACUACAGACAGGUACGAAAAUGCUCCUGAACCUGUUGUACGAUAUUUCCUUCACGAAAAGAGGGCUAGUAGUUUCCUCGCUAUGUAUUCUAACUAGAAGUAGCUUUUGUUUCAUAAUGGUUGGCUUGUCUUCCUCUCUCGUAGCAGCUGUUUUUCGGUAGCUUUUUUGCCGUUGAUGUCCCUCAGCAUCAUCUCUUUGGUAUAGUGUCCUUUUGUUGAUCGCAUAGAUCAGAAGAAUACAAGCAGGGAUGAAACAAGGCUACUAUCGAAAUAGCAGGGAAGAACAACCAGAUGAGUUAUUGGCCCUAUAAUUCAUCUGCAUGUCGUUCUGCUUGUUCCCUUCAUUGAUUUCUAACGACAUCAUAACUUCUUUCAAAUCAAAGCGUUGUUCCCUUUCCGCACAUUUUUUCUGUAAAAAAUAAGGGCACACGUUUGGCUCUAACAACAGUUUUACUUCACCGAGGGGCAGGCGAGCCCAGAAGACGGACCACCAGUAUUCUGGGAGGACUACAGUUAUACUGAAGCCGCGGCUUUGCGGGAUAGUAACAACUUGCUCAGGCCGUUAUCGCGCAAGCCAUUUUUAAGGUUCCAGGAAGGAAUAUUACUCACAUGAAAGAAUAUUCUGAACUAUAAAUAUUGCGUAGCCAUGGCACAACAGUUGUAUGCUCAUGAUAGGGCGAUAGGGUCCCAAUUUCCAAAGCUUCUUCCGGAAGACAUGCACUUGGGACUCUCAUGGUAUCUAUAGUAUACAUAGUUAGAAGGUCACCUCGCUCAGUUUCGCUUCUUCCUAGUUAUAGCUGAGUAGAUUCUCCUCAGAAUUUGCAAAAAGGGCUGUUAGCAUUUAUAGCGAUUUUCCAUGAUUUCUGAGCGUAUUUCACCUUCGAAGCCAAAGGAAAAUUUGGAAGGGAAAGGAAUGCACGCACUUUAUUUGACGACGCCGAGGGAUAAUUUAGUAAUUAGAGAUGCUACAGCCCAAGAGUGGGCACAUUAGUCACUCAGUCAGUCAAUCAAUCAAUCAAUCAAUUAUGAUCGACUACGACUACCUCUAAAAUUUGUUCGGGCUGCCGUGGAUCGUGUCGAGUAUAAGGGGUGUUUCCUUGACGACAACGUGAACUCUCCGAUGGAGCACGUGGGCUCCGCAGUUAAGGCUCAAUGAGAUAAUUCAUUCCGAUGACUUCGUGUUUUUUGUAACUCUAUCCAGUCGACAGCCACUAUCAAUUCUAUUUUUGUUGUCAUCUGAUACUGAUUUUAUCAUUAUCCAAGUUGUACCACUUGGCAAUCCAUCCUUCAUAAUUGAUCUUCCGUCUCCUCGAGACGGAUGCUGAAUGAUGAUAGCAGUCAUUUUUUUCUAUCCGCUUUCAGCUUCAACAUUCUUGCUCUUUUGUUAGGGAUGAAGAUCUUGAUGUGAAGAUCUUUGUCAAUGUCUAGGUGCUGGCAUGCUAACACUGGUUAGGCUCCAUGGAAUGGAAAAUCAUCUUGGUACUCAGAUCCCUCCCUGCUUAUCCCGAGAGAGUAAGAGCGGCCAUUUUUCUCUAUCCCUUAAUAGGACUUGUGACGAUGAUGAUGUUCUUAGGAGUAGUGCCCGUCCUGCUGCAGCUUCGUUAGCAGGCAUUUUUGUUUUUCUACUUAAGAUUCUCUGAGAAAAGAAGACUUGGGUUUUUCUGGAAUAUCUAAGAUAGAUGAAAGCGGCAGUCCGCACAAAUACUCGGUGGCUGAGUGCGCGGCGCUUUGUGGUGCCAAAGGGCGCCCUUAUUUCGGCCUGCAGUACGGAGGUAGCUGCUCCUGCAGCAAAGAUUAAGGCCACUACUGCUCCUGGCACAAACUUUCAUAGUCGUGAUCGUGAACGCUCACUCUCCGAGGCGAGCCAAUUCCUAUCCUAUCCUAAAAUGCACAUCCUCGAUCUCGAAGAUAUUGUAAGCAUAUUUUUCCAGUGACCUUCGUCCACACUGUAAUUAGUUGUAGUUGUUAGGGAUCGAUGGAUCGACCUCUCACCUCUGUGUUUCAAGGAAGAAACAAAACAACGACGAAAAAGGGACUCUGGUUUGUAAAGAGAGAUGUGUGUUUUUUCUGGUUGGACCUUCGUAGGUCUAAUAAGAGUCUGAUCCUGAAAGUUACGACGACCAAGGAACUGCGGACGACUGCAACGUUGCGUGUGCGGGGCCCAAUGCUGAGUUGGAUAGGUGGCACAAAGUGUGGGGUCCUAAUGCCUGCGGUGGUGCCUACGCGAAUUCAGUGUUCAAAUUGCCCGAGCUGCACACUUAUGUGGGAUGCUUUCCAGAUGAGGAGGAUGAUCCCGCGAUGACGGAGGUCUUUCUCCACAUGGAGUGCGGUAAUUUUGGAUAUAUAUUUUUAUCAAUCAUAAUUCUUGACACAAUCAAUGUCGGGGACGCUAGUACUCUUUAUAAUAGACACGACAUAGACAUAUGAAAUUAUUUAGCGACAACGAACAUAGCAACCAUGAAAUUUUACGAGUAAAUUAUGCGCCUUGAACAACAAGUUGUAGUGAUAAUUGUUCUUCAAACCUUGCACAAGAUGUCGUUCUCGAGUUCUUAGCGAGAUACUUUAGCAUUGAACCGCAUAUGCUGGGUUUCUCUGGGAUUUCACCGUCUUGGGUCAUGCUCAUCUGAUUUCCUUGGAUAGCGCGAACAAGAGAACCAGUUAUUUUCAUGUAGUCCGCCAAGAGGACCAGCCCCAUUAUCAAGUUUACUACUUAGGACAACUCCUCAUCGUGAUGUCUGUUCUCUUGAAUUUGAACUGCCAAAUAACAAGGUUACUUCGAAAGCGCCCUGGAGCACUGUGAGAGCGCCUGUCGCGCGCAGUACGCUACUUUCUUCGCUGUGAAGAACGGUGGACAGCGCUGCUUUUGCGGCGGUGCCGGCAACGGCGAACUCGCAACGUGGCAAGUUGACACUACAAGCAUAGCGGAAAAACCGGGCUAUCGGAAGCAUACGUCAGAGCAUGAAACUUCUUCUUGGCUGACUGACGGCCAGUAUUCGGACUAUUUUUGUAACGUGGCCUGCGUGAGUCGAAUGGACCAGCUUGGUGGCUACCGCUGCGGUGGAGAGAAAACCAACAGUGUCUACGUCGUGCGGUCUGGUACAACUACUGCUACUGGUAGUACCACUGACUACUAUGAUCCCAACUACGACCCCUAUGCUUCUACCGCGACUAGUAGUACCACUGACUACUACGAUCCCAACUACGACAACUACGACCCCUAUGCUUCUACCGCGACUAGUAGUACCAUUGACUACUACGAUCCCAACUACGACGACUACGACCCCGAUGCUUCUACCGCGACUAGAAGUACCACUGACUACUACAAUCCCAACUACGACAACUACGACCCCUAUGCUUCUACCGGGACUAGUAGUGCCACUGACUACUACAAUCCCUACUACCGACGUAAGCUGGACGGUAGCGACUUUAUACGCGAUGCCAGAGAGAAGGCAUCGCUUCGUCAGCGGAGGACCAAAGGACAUCGGUUAGGCCAGACGUCCUCUUUGAAGUCGGAAUUGGACACGGGGACGAGCACACAGAACAAGGAUCAGGGAAGAGUAACGCGUCGGCUUCUCUCUGCAGCUAGCGUGGCAUCAACACGUCUGUUGCCGCCGCAUGUGAGUAUCCCACAGAAGCAAUCGGAUCCACAAAAAGUUGACCAGCGAAUGAAAGAUGCCGCAGACGAAGCCUCCGCAGUGUCUGCGACGCAGUACGACGGCCUCGUCGAGAAGUAUCCUUGGCUGGGCAGCCACAUCGGGGAACACUACGCGACACAAGGAAGAGCCGCACUGCCUGAUGCGAUGACCCUAGCGGAGACUUUGCGCGAGGAGGUGUACCAAUCAAAGGAAUGGCGACGUAUCUUACGCCUAGCUGCAUUGGCAAAUGCUGACGCGACGUCCUGGCACGAUAGGGGGAACGGUCGAAACUGGGCCGCGUUUGCGGCUGAGAUUCCAGACUACAAUCGUCCGCUGUCGGCCCAGGAUAUGCACCGCCGCAAGCUGCACGCUGACAUUGGCAAUGAACUACGCCGAAUGCUGAAACGGUUGGCUGCGAAGUGGAUGAAACGCAUCCAUGUGGAUGUGGAGCUGCGCUCUUCCUCGACAGAAGACGCAACAGAGGCACCAGAAGAUGGUGCGAGUCCGCGUGGAACCUUUUUGAGCGCUACGCAGGAUGCCACUGGUGAUCUCAGGAAGCGCCACGAGGGCCGUCAAGAGACGGCGGCGACGUCCACUGCAUCAGGAGAGACGCCGCAGCAUGAACUUCGUCGCGGACCUCGGCGCAAACUGCAAUUGAUGGUGACGCAGCGGCAGUACCCUGACGCAACGCCGGAGGAGGAUCACGAGUACGUGCCACGGGACGAACAGGACGAUGAAGAAGAUCUGGCCGACCUCAUUCUCUGGGAGACAGAGGCGGGCCGCGAUCUGUUGGAGACUCUUGAGGCAGCCUUCAGACGGCACCGGGAGCACCUUCGCUUGCAGCAGCUUGGAGGAUCUGGUGACGUUGAUGUUAGCGAUCCGCGGCUUCUAUCGUCACCUGUGUCCUCGAGCGUGCCGAGCGGAAAUCCGUUUGAUAAUGAAGCGUUCACAUCAGAGGCGAGCCUGGGCGCAAGCGCAGUGCAUCCCAGCGAUAUUCACGACGGCCCGCUAGGCUUCGAAGAUGUGGUGCGGCGGCUCCUCGAGUCAAAAGGCAUCGAGACCGAGACUCCUAUGGAGGUGGAGCAGAGAGCUGCGCGACGCGGUCUCCGCGUGCGCAACUCGACCAGCGACCCAACCUCGGCGCCAACGAGAUUCCUUGGUGAAACGGAGUUGCUGCAGGUCUUUGCGGGCGAUCCUGCCGCGGAAUUGUUUCACAGCGGCUUUGAUGACCCCGAGGAACAAGCGAUGCAAGGUGCUUUCGACGGCUCUCCGCGCUUGGAAGUGAAUGCUACCAGUAGUCCGACAACUCUGCGGGAGUUGCAGCAAGUUCCUUCACCUGGUCUGUCGAGGGCAAAGAGCAACGCUGUAUCCGCACUCUUGGCGGAAGAUGUGGACGUGGAAGCGCAGCAGCGGCGGGAGCUGCGCGCCGAAGCGGCACGGCUGUUAUCCGGGGAGAACAUAACAACUGUGUGUCCUCCGGGCACUCUAGACUGGACUCAAGACUCGCUGUGGCCACCUAACAGCAAAAUCACGGAUGUUCCCCAGUGCGCGUGGCAGUUGCUGAAGCAGAAGCAGCUAGAGCAGUUAGGCUUCUUCGAUAUGAAGCACGAUACGAGCAGCACGGUCGACGCAACGGCUGCAGCCAAUGCGAUUGCCGAUUUCGCCCGGUCCGUUGCAGCCUUGAUUCCAACUAAGAGAGUGGUUUCCUUCAACGUCCAGACCGUUUCCCUCAUCAACCUGUUCCGCGACAAGAGCAGCGUCUACUUACCGCGAAGCCGGUACUUGCCAACGCCGCGUGAGAAGUACACUUCACCGGAGAAUCUGAGCGUAGACCUGGCCAUAUUCGUGAUGCCCAGACGAGUGAAACUGAAAUUCCUCUGUCCCUCGAAGUAUAUUCCUGGCGAGCGCAUCACAAACAUCUACGGCGUCAUGGGCGACUUGUACUCGAACUACCACUCGAAGUGGGCCUACCACAUGCGGGACCGGUUUCAAGUGAAAGAGUGCACAGUAACCCCAUUCUUCGACGCGGAGGGACGCACUCUGCGGCCCUGCAUUGAUCGGAGGCAGAUGAAGAUUCACAGCCCGGGAAAAUUUCGCCUCUUUUGUCUAGCUGAGUUUCCACCCAAGAAUGUGAUGGACUUCAGCAUCCAGGGACCGCUCACAGGCCACUGGCUCGUUCCUGAGGAACGACCUGACGUGAAUGACAAGGCGCUUAUGCCGGAGUACCAGGUUGAUCUUGAAACGACCUAUCAGCUCACGUUCGACAAGAAAUUCCUGGAAGUCGAAAGACAUUUCAUGACCCAGUCGGCAGAAACAGACUUCGUCGACGGGCAGCCUCGACUUUGGGCCGCAGAGGUACCUAUGUAUAAAUAUAGAGUACUCCUUUUUUGGUUCUUACAGUUACAACUUUGUUCGCAUCGAGGAGAUGAAACACUUAUACAUAGUCACAUUCAUAAUCAUAAUUCUAGUCCUUUCAGUUGGUUUAGUUUUCGUUUGGGUAGGGCUUCCGCGUUACAGCACACUCGUAGGAGAUACUCACCGAUGACUGUAGAUACGACCUCAUGUAAUUGUACCAUGCGAUCGCAAAAUACUACUUGACUGAAUUGGUGUAAAAAAAGCAGAAAAAAACAAAAAGCAGACUGACGACUAAAAAAAGGCGUUCUUCCAUAUCCAUAAAAAUGAAGACCAUCAUUCUCCCACAAUGCUCACUACACAACAAUACUACCACACAAAACAGACGUAUGCUCGCGGGAUGGGUUUGUGUGAUUUGAGUGUUCGCGGAUGCGCUCAGGGCAUACCCGCCAAUCCGCCGAUGAUGUUCCCGGGAAUUCUAUUGCGCGUGAACAAGGUCCGCACACAGAAGCUGGUCGAAGCGGUAUCCCCCAAGUACUGGCCCAAAGACCCCAUUGCCCUGGCGACGCUGAUGGAGGGCAUCGAUAAUACAGAGCUCGACUUGUCGGACGGCUUGCGGCAGUUGUCCAGCGCAGAGGAUGGCUACAUCGGCAUCAAGCCGAUGACCAACGUGAUGAUCCGGGUCACUUGGCAAAUAAACCCGAUCUACGUCGUGAACAAGUGGUCCGGUGCCAUCCAGCUCGACCGGUGGACGCAUAGCAUCAAGUCUCUUGACGUUGGCUUUCGCUCAGCGCCUGAAACUAUGGCGUCCACGGCGGCGGUGCGCAUGAUCUUCCUCAUCGACUCGGCCAGUCAACGCUUCCAGGAGGAGCCGUUGCUAUCUUUCGCGGACUUCAUGGCGCUGAUUGGUAUUUCGGGCUCAUCAUGAUACUACCUUUUCGGAGAAAGAUUUUACCAUGUAAAUAAAUUCAUGGCGCUGAUUGGUAUUUCGGGCUCAUCAUGAUACUACCUUUUCGGAGAAAGAUUUUACCAUGUAAAUAAAAGCGAGUCGCACAACAACUGCGUUUUUCUAGAGAAAGAAAUAUAGCUUUUGUUGGGAGGGGUGUCGAUUGUGGUGAGGGUGACCACCAGCUUGUUAACAUCUUGAAAACCUAUUAAAUUUCAACAGGUGCCUACGCGGGUUACGGAGGCAUUCUUGUGAUGAUCCUUACGGCGUGGCAACGUGUUUUCCGACCGUUCGGCGUAGUUGAUUUUUACUAUGUUGACGAAGAGUACGCGAAUGUCGUUGACCGUUGGUAUCAAUCGCAGAUGCGGCGGUGCGGCUACCUGCCUCCGGGAGAGGAACCGCCAGAAGAAAAAGUGGCAAUUGAAAUGGAGGAGGAAGAGCUAGGGUCUGAUGUCACUCCAGAGUCGACGACAUCCCGAGAGUCGGAGAUGCGUCGAGAAGAACUACGUGCCCGCAAGAAGAAAGCUGCCGCUGAAAGAAGAAGGUAAUAUGCACCUGAUAGAUAAUGAUCCAAUUUCAAUCGUUGGUUUCGCAAGGAAGCAUAGGACCUCAGAUAACAAAUUUUCAACCUUGUGAUUGAUGAUUUAUUGUGAUCUUUCUUCGUUUGGCAUUAUGAUCGUCUUUUUGUUUCUCACUGUAGGAAGCGUGAGGGCGAUGCCGUCGUGAUCGAGAACGAAGAGACGUCGGAUGCAUCGUCGGAGCGUGAGAACGUAGUUUUUUGGGUGCCCGGCGUGCACCAUAAGGAUACACCGAAGGUUCCAACCGGUGCACCGGCUUCUGCCACCGUAAAUGACAAUACUGGGCGUUUGGAUUCUGCGAAGCUGAGGAAACGUUACCAAGGAGCAGGCAUCGAAGGAUUCCUGCGCAAGCCGCAGUACCUCCUGGGCGGUGAUGCGACACCCGCAGGAACUGCAAGGCGGCCUCCGAGUGGGAAGAAGAGCGACAGUCCAGUGCGUGGCUUCCGCGUCGAGGGCGUUGCGCCGCAGCCGCCCCCCUCGAGUAUGGUUCCACUCGUUCCAACGGUAGCUGCAGAGCGAGUGGCUCCGCGUUUGCUGCAGACAGAACAAGAAACCAAUGCUUCCGCAGAAACCACUGCUGCUUCACAUGCGGUGCCUGACCCACAGGAAGGUGAGAUUGUGCCUUACGAGCCGGAGGCGGAGGACCGCUUCGCGCUCUGA